UUAAAAUCAAAUUGCUAUCUCUAGAUAGUAAUAGUGUAUAAGUCCUGGAUUUAACAAAAAAAAUUAUUGGCUGCAAAAGUCCUCCAACUCCAUGGACAUGGAUAGUGACGACGAAAGAGAUUUGGAACAUGACAUCGAUCAUGACCGGAAUGAAGAUUACAGUGCUGGACAUAACACACUUGAAGAAUCUAGUGAGAUGGAUCAGAAAUCCUCCAUGUCUACGAUGUCAUCACUCACUGGAUUUCUAUUUGGAAAUAUUGAUGAAAAGGGUAAACUGGAGGAGGACUUCCUUGAUGAGGUGAGAGCAUAAAAUAAAGAAUUUGAACUUUACAGGCUAUCAAUUAAUAAAGCUCUCAUCAUUAGUGUUGACGUCCUUAAAUUAGUAGGCUUAAAGCCAAUUAAAUAUUUCUCUUACCAACAGAUCUUUUGAAAAAUGCAUGUGAUUCAUUGGGGUUAGGCUAAACAUAAUUUACAUUGAAGUAAAAAUGUCAAUUCAAACAUAAAUUAAAGUUAUAAUUAAAAUAAUAAUUUAAAUAUCGAACAUUGAAAUGUGCUAUUUUCAAUAUUUUAUUUUCACUUAGAAAAAACAUCAAAUAUUAAUUAGAGGCUAGCCGGGUACUCAUUUUUAUAUUAUAUAUGUAAGACUGAGCAGAGAGGUAUAAUGAUGCCUUGCUUAUCUCAUGACUUAUGAUUGAUACAACUAAAGGAUAAGUAAUUAAACUGCUAGUAGGAUACGAUUUUUGACCAACCUUAUGAUAUGAAUGAAAACCUGUUGUUGUUUCCUUAUGUUGUUAUUCAUCUUUUUACUUCUUGGAUCUUUCCUUGCCUGUUUUAAAAAUAACAUUUUAUUUAUCAUUUCGCAAAAUUAAUUCAUGAUUUUAUCAAGGCAUCAAGGUAAACUAGCUUGAUGCUGGCAUUUAAAAAAAAAUAAUAUUUUAUUUAAAUUUAUAAAAAAAUCUCUUAAUAUUUAAAUUUAAAAAAUUUCUUUUAAUUUGAAUAUUUAAAUAAUUUCUUUCAAUUUUAAUAUUUGAAAACUGCUUUAAUAAGCUACUAUUUAAUGAAAAAAUUGUUUCUUUCCACAUUUAGGAUUCAAAACGGCAACUUGGCUCUCUCUCUCAGUUGGGCAUUGGAGCUAUGGUGCAAGAGAUUGCAUGUGAUGCCAAUGGAGAAAUAGGGCAUAGCAGUCUUGAAGAAGGUUAUUUUAUUUUUAUUCUUAUGACACACAUAAUCUAAUACAUUUUUAUUGUUACAAUCUUAAAUGUUAAUGCUCUUUACAGAAAGUAUUUACUAUGUCUCUACGCCCAGUGAAUACUGAAAAUAAUUCUCUCAUGUGUUAAUUUAAUUUUUUAAAUCCAAUCAUAGAUUAUGACAAUAAAUCUCCAACUGCCAUAGACUUUUCUGACAUCACAGAGGCUGCAGAUGAAGAUGACGAUGAUGUAAGCCAGUUAGACAAAGUAGAUCAUGAGUCAAAAGGUACAGCUUGAAUUAUAGACUUUUUAGAAUGAGAGACUAGAAGUGAGAUCAAUCUGAAAAUAUUUAUAAAAAAUAAUUGGUUGUUUUUUGUUGUUUUUUUGCUACUUAUUGGUUAAGGGCGCCUAAAGAAAAGACGUAAUCUCGGAAAUAGGUCUACUUCGCUAGAAAGUGACACUGUACAAUUAAAUAUUAUAUGUAAUAUUCCCUAAAUAUUUUCUUAUUCUUUAUAAGAUUUAUACAUACAUUUUAAUUAUUCAGAUACAUCAGUGAUUUUAAAUUUGAUGUGAAAAAACACUAGAAAAGGCAAUAUUUAAUUCGCAUUCUUUAACGGAAAUUCAUUAAGGAAGUUAAAGAAUUUUCAUGACUUUAAAUAGCCUUUGAAGCAGUGCAAUUAUUUCUGUUUGGUUUCAAAAUGUUUCUUUUGGUAUUAAAUACUUUGAAGGAAAUAAAACAUAAAAAAUAGUCUCACUAUUUAUAUCAAAUAUGCAAUUUUUAAGUAGUUCGAAUGGAGGAAUUGUUUGUAUAGACUUUGUUCUUAAAUCAAUUGUGUCAGACUCUCAAGACAGUCAAGAAGAUGAUAGAAAGCUGAUGCCUCCUCCAUCAUGGCUGCCGUGCCCCACUCAACCAAUCAGUGUUGUUACCUCAGACAGCGGGAAUAGUUCUGGUAGGUACAAAUUUUUUGAAUCACAAAUAAUUUACUUUGUUAUAUGAAGUGAGAGUGGUGUUGAUGUAGAUAAAGGUGUUGCCAAUAAAAUUGAGGCCUUCUUUUGAAAUAAAGGAAAAAUGUGGCAUCUUCGGUAUUGAAAUGACCUAAUAAUAAGCAUAUAUUCGUGAAAAGUUAUAAAAACAUCUCAGAGUAAAAUUUCUUGCUCUUAAAUAAAUUAAAGCGUUUUCUUAAUAUUUCAUGUUUCAUGUCAGUUUUCCUUUAUUCAUCUGUAUGUUUUGUUAUGUUUGUUGUUCAAAAAGAGUCUUUAAAUUUAUAUGUUAUUAGUCAAGGUUAAUUAAUCCAUUUCUCCUCAGUGUUUGCUUAUCUAUAAUGUGCUUUGUGUACUGUUCACCAUUGUGAUUUAACACACUUAAUCAUAUAAAUUCACUUUCAGCAUCGUUUCUAAUUAUUCCAUAUUGUUGUGUUUCUCUAUCGUGAAUGGUGUUUGGUAUCUUGAACUAUUAGGAAUCUACUUUUGUUAGUCCUGCUUUGUAUCUUAACUUUAAACCCAUAUAUAAAUAAAUUAAAGUACUUUAAAGAUCAAUAUGUUGUGAAAUUGGUGGUUAUUUUCACCUGGGCACUUUGAAAUUUAGAUAUUGUUGGUAAUUGUAGGAACACAUUCCAACAAAACUUGGCAGUAUUAUAGUUUCUAAAAUGUGCAAUAUUUCAAUAUUAAAAAAAAAAUAGAGAUCCGUUUUUGUUUUUUACAUUUCUGACAAAGAAUUAACAUUCAAUUUAAUUCUUAAUUCAAAUACAUUUAUUUACAAGGAUUCAAAUUAGUAUGAUUGUCAAGCCUAAUAAUUUAAAAAAAGCUCAUAAUUAAAUUUUAAAAACAAAAUAGGAAUAUUAAAUGCAGAAACAUGAUUUUUUAUUUGAAAAAAAUGUAUACUCCUUCAACCAACUGGCCUAUCAUGGUUGGGGGAAACCCCAAACUAUAGCAAAAGUAUUUUUAGUAAUAAGCAGCACAAUUUGAGUAAAUUGUUUAAUUAGCUCCGAAUUCUUUAACAUAAUGGGCAACAACUGCAAUCAUUUUAAAACAAUUUCAUUAAUGAUCAUUUAUUCUAUUGCCUCAGUAAUAAAGUAUACACAUUAUUUCAACUAGCAGAUUUAAUAAAGAUUGGGCAAGGGGACCAGGGUCAGUUAAUUUUGGACAGUCAAGGUUUCUUCAUGCUCUUUCUAGCAUCAGAUCAACUUUCUAAUAUUUUUGCAUGCAAGCCUCUAUCCAAAUAAAUUGUAAAAAUUUUUCAAAGAAAAAUGCCCUUAAGGCGAUUUGUAUUCUUUGUUGGUUGUUUAUUAUUAUUUUUUUUAAGUUGCUUUGAACAUUUCAUCCCUUCUGAGCAAAAGGAAGAUGUUAAAUAUACUUAUUUUAAAUGAAAAACGUAAUCUUUCUGUUCUUGAUAAAGCAGUGGUUUUCAACCUUGAUGGUGUAAGCGUGUUGCCAGAUAUUAAAAAGUAUUUUUUGGCAUUUGAUUUACUCAGUAUAAGUCAUAUAGUACCCAUCUUACAUAAUAGGCCAACAAUAAUAAUUUUAAAAAAAUGUUUAAGGUGCUCCUCACUUGAAUGGCAUGUUGCAGAACUUGACUAAAUAAGUGUCUUGAGCUUUAAGAUAAAAAUGUUUUAACAUUUCUGGCAUAGAGGAUUUAAUUUUUGCAGACUGUAGUGGAUCCACAAUAUGAGUGUAAAAUUUUGAAAAUGACUGGCGCCAUGUAAAAAGUUGCGUUAAAAAAAUUUUUCCUGUUAUUUUUAAUACGUUUUCUGGAAGAUAAAAAAAACCCACGAUUCCAGGAUGUAUUGAAUCCACCACUGUUUGCAGCUAUCUAAUUAACACAAUCUUUUGCAUAAUGAAAAAGAUACGUUGAUCUCUUUUUUUAAUUUCAGCUUCAGGUCCACUCACAUCAGUAGCUAAAAUGUCUACUGGUAAGGCACAUAACAUUAUGUGUUAAAAAAAAAGUGUGAAAAAUACUCUUACAUUUUUUUAGCAAUCACAAUAGUUAUUUGAAUGUGCAAAGUAAUCCUAAAAUGAUUAAAUUCAGCCUAGAUUUUUCAAAAAAAAUUAUUUAACAGGGAUUAUACAUGAGUUUUGAAUUAAAUUCAAUAGACAUAGGACUUUGAGUUAAUAUAGCAUAAAUUUACUAGAUAGAUGUAUAUUUUGUAAUUCGGCUUGGAUAACUUUUACAUAGUUUUUUAAUCAUUAUUUCUUUAUUUUGAAAUAACUUUUUUUUUCAUCUGGAGGAAACUUGUGGUUAACUUAUUGUUCUAGUUGGUACAUUAGAGCAGAGCUGAGCUCUGGUUAACUUGAAAUAACAUUUUGUUUAUGAUUACAAAAAUUUUUCCUAAAAUAACUUUUCCUCUUCCUACAAUAACUAACACAAUUUUCAUUUGCAUAACUCUUGUAUUGUUAUAUUGUAACACUUAGACUCUAAUCUAUACUUGAUUAUAACUUCAUUUGUAGGUUUCCCCCAUGUUCAAAUAUAAAGGGAGGCAAUUUUAAAUAUUCAUUCCAUGUUUAUCAGUGAUUCCUAUUGCUCAAGAUGUAAAGUUUUAAAUACUUAAAAAGUUACUAUUAGAAUGAGCAAUUAUUUAGUAAAUAAAUUGCCCCAAAAGACAAAAACAGGUGAUAAUCUUUCACCUGUGUACAGGACACAUACAAGUAACUUCCCAUCUUAAGGGAAUAAAACCAGACAAAAUUCCAAUGUGCCCCUGCUGCAGACAUCAGAAUGAGACAGUAGCAUGUCACCUCUUCCACUGCCCUGCGAGUUAAGCCUUCCGCCCAAAUUGCCUACCAAAAACACCAGACUGCACCAACACCCUAUAUACCAACAAAGGACAGCUGCACAGAGUGUGUAAAUUCAGCAGGCGGGAAGGGCAUAUGUCUAAAUGAUGAGGUUGAAUAAUAAUUUAUCCAUAAAUAAUCAUCAGUUCAGGGUCUGUUAUAAAAGAGCCAAAAAGCUAUAUGAUUCUGGAGAAUUUUAAAAAUCUAUCACAGCCAUUUAGCAUUCAAUUGUGCAUUCAAAAAAUGCUAGCUGUAAACUCAUUCAGAUUUCUUUUUUCAACUUUUCUUCUGUUUUUUUUUAAAAUAUAGAUUUCAAUGUAGUGAUAAAUACAUUCUCACAAAAACAUGAUUCUUUAUUAUAAAUUUAACUUUAAAAAAUAACAGUAAAGCCAAUAUUUAUAAUUUACUAUUUAAAAAAAAAAAAUAUAUUAUUCAAAAGGAUAUACAGUUCGACAAUUAUUUUAUUGAUCUAUCAUAGAUAUAUUUUUUUAAAAACAUAAUUGUGUCUUAAAAGUUUUAAUUGCUUCUUAAUAGACUUUAAAAUUAAAUGGUCAUUACCUGGUAAUUUCUUUGCAGUAUUGUAGCCAAAUAAGUUUAGCCAUAAUAAUCUUAGACUUAGUGGCAUAAUUUAAUCCCUCCUCUAUAUUGUAGUUCUAAAAUACCAUUUAAAAAAAAAAAAUUAUAGUAUAGUUUUAGAAUAAAAAAGAAUCAGUUUUUAAUUUUUAAAAUAUCAAUAAAAGAAAUUGCAAAAAAUUAAAAACCAUCUGUCUUGGCUGGCAACAGGACAUGUAACUAUUUACAUUCUGUCUUGAGAAAGGCCAAAAACAAUAUGAAAACUUAUAUUUUUAUGUUCACAAAAUGAAUGUUUCAUACUCACCAAAUUGUGUUGUGUUGUGUUUCUUUGUAUUGCACAAGCUUUGGCUCUUGUCCACAAUAAAAUGAUAUCCUUUAAGUAUUCAAGUGUCAACCUGGCUUUGAAUUAUAAUUAUAAUAAAUUACUUUAAAAAGAAUAAUUAAAAGAAAAUUUAGUCCAGUCAUUUUACAAUCAUUGUAUGUCAAUUUCUGUCCUUGUCAUAUCAAGAAUUUAUCUUUGAAAUAUGAAGCGUUCAAUUUUCCUUGCACCCUCACACAGACGACCAAAUGUCCCCCUCAUCACUCAGCCCUGGCAAAAAGCUGAACACCCCUCUGGCCGACAUGAUGCCCCCAGAGCUUGCCAAUGUUGAUGUGACCUCGCUCUUUCCAGAAUUUAGACAUGGACAGGUGAGUUACAGCUUUAUACCCUGACUAUAAAGUUUCUUUUUCUUUUCUUUAUAUUUGAUUGGCCCUAUAGCUCAAUGCAUUUGACAUAAACCAAUUUCAUAUUAAUAUUUGUUACCUUUGAACUCUUUUUUUUUUUUUUUUUACCAACGGCUCUCAAAAAAAUUUUGUUUCUGUGCCAAAGCAGCCCAGAAUAAUGAUUGUUUUAUUAACUCAGAUUAUAACACAUGAUAUGGCACAAUGCUUAUAUUCAUAUUAAUAUUUGUUUCCUUUGAACUCUUUUUUUUUUUUUUUUUACCAACGGCUCUCAAAAAAAUCUUGUUUCUGUGCCAAAGCAGCCCAGAAUAAUGAUUGUUUUAUUAACUCAGAUUAUAACACAUGAUAUGGCACAAUGCUUAUAGUCUAUUAUAGACAUAGGUAGCAAUACUUUCAUGGGACUGUUAGAUAACACUUUAACUCUUUAAUUACUGCUGGUUGUGGCAUCGAUUUUUCCUGACUGAGCCAAAAAAGAACUUCAACAAAGAAAUUUCUGGAAUUUUUCAUUCUCUAUCCGAUUCGCUUAUUAACUUCUAUAUAGAUUAACGAAGAAAGAAAUAUAUAGCAUUGAAAUAUGACGUCGACGUGACAUCUUUGGUAUUUCAGAAAAGUUCUUUGCCUCUUUGUUAUGAUGACAAUGUGUCAUCCUUGGUAAUUGAAAGUGGGUGAUCCUGACGUCGCGUCAACGUCAUCGGCAUCGGUAACGAAAGGGUUAAAAAAAAAAACUACCAUGAUUUUUUUUUUUUAAGUACAACCAAUUAUCUUGCAGUUUUUGUUGACAUUUCAAUUUGUUGAAUGUUUUUGUUUAUUUUAUUGUUGAAGGUAUUGAGAUUCUCCAGGCUGUUCAAGCCAGCUCACGUCCCACACGUCUGGAGGAAGAAGCGAAAGAAGAAAGAGGAAGAUGACAACAAGAAAUCUGGAACAAAGUCUGACCCAAAAAAGAAAGAGGGCAAAGAAGAUGCGGAGAAGUGUAAGGCAGAGGCAGCAGAGAAGGAGAAGAGCAAGGUGGAGUUGGCAGAGAAGGAGAACAGUAAACCUGAGGCCACAAUCAAGGAGGAGAAGGAAGAAGAGGAGAGAAAGUUUAGGCUGAGUGGGAAAAUGGAUGACUAUAAUGAGAAGGGGAACGAGGCAGAUGAUGAGGAGGAGUUGGAGAUAAAGCUGAACCUUGGGAGGAUUCCCAAAAAGGAAGAGCUCGCAGAUGAUGAUGAGGUAUGUUUUAAAAAAAAAUAAUUCCAAACUUAUUUGUUAUGCUAAAUAAAUUUCUUGGUGACCAAUCAAAGGAUGCAUGUCAAUAAUUUAUCAUGGUUAAAAAAUGGCCAAAAAAACCUUUCUAAAAUGGAGAUGCAGAAGAGAAUAGCUCAAAGUAUCUCAAGAAUGUUUUGUCUGAAAUUCUUCUGAAAUCUGAAAGAUGUCUUGGAAGAGCAAUAACAGUGUCAUGAAAUUAAACAUGUCACCAAAUAAAAAGAGCAUGUCGUGAAAUAUAAGAAUGUGUUGUAUGUUAAAACUGUAUCCGCUUGACCAGGAACUCUUAAAAAGACCCAUGGACCGAUCGACAUCAAGAGGCCAUCUUGGCCACAAAGAGAGUGACCAGGAUAUGGAGAUAGCCCCGUGGCGCUAUGGACCGGCACAAUAUUGGUACGACCACCUCGGUGUGGAUGAAACUGGGCACGACUUCCAUUACGAUUUUAAGCUCAAACCAGUAAGUCUCAUACAGUUGGUUACACACAAAAGAUACUAUUAUUAAGAUAUUUUUUAUUUACCGGUCUCCCACCACAACCCACUAUUACGAUAUUUAAAGGUAGUAUUUUUUAAUUAAUCCCACUGAUGCAAAGUGGCUGGCAUUUAAAGCUGACCAUUAUUGCUCCCUUGUCUCGUCUUAUCAAUUCUUAAAAAAUAUUUGUUUAGGAAGAGGCCAGGAAAGCGGAGGAGGAGGAGGCAGCAAUGCUGGACAAAAACCUGGACUAUGACCGCUACCUGAUGGUCACCCAGCAGAGGUGGGAGGACAAAAUUAUUUGGGACGGAGAGAAGUCAAAACAAAAGGUUCUGGAGGAGCACAAGAAGAACGCAGAGUUUGCUGGCUGGGUGCCCAGCACUAACAAUAGGACAUUUGCCCAGUGUAAGUAGUAGGACAUUUGCCCAGUGUAAGUAGUAGGACAUUUGCCCAGUGUAAGUAGUAGGACCUUUGCCCAGUGGAAGUAGUAGGACCUUUGCCCAGUGUAAGUAGUAGGACCUUUGCCCAGUGGAAGUAGUAGGACCUUUGCCCAGUGUAAGUAGUAGGACAUUUGCCCAGUGUAAGUAGUAGGACCUUUGCCCAGUGUAAGUAGUAGGACAUUUGCCCAGUGUAAGUAGUUGGACAUUUGCCCAGUGUAAGUAGUAGGACCUUUGGCCAGUAGAAGUAGUAGGACAUUAGCACAGUGGAAGUUGAUGUUACAUUUGCACAGAGUAAGUUGAUGUUACAUUUGCACAGAGUAAGUUGAUAGUACAUUUGCACAGAGUAAGUUGGUAGGACAUUUGCACAGUGUAAGUUGAUUGGACAUUAGCUUAGUGUAAGUUGAUUAGACAUUAGCUUAGUGUAAGUUGAUGGAUAUAGGUGAGCUUUCCUUCUAACAAAUAGUCCCAGGAUCAUCUGUUGAAUGAAACAAAGUUUAUUUUUAUGUUGUGUAUACUAUGGAGAUAUUUGUCAAGUUUGGUGAAGAGAAUGAACUCCUUGUCUAUAAAAUUUCAGUUUGGGCAUACCAGUCAUGAAACUAUGUAACUCUGAGGGACCCCAGUGUUGGAACAGCUAUUGCAAAACAUUCAUUUCUCUAACAUAACAAACUUGAAGAUAUUGGUGGCUAGAUUAAUGAUCUGGGGGAAACAAAAAAAUACGAAGUAAAAGGAUGCAAAAACCCAAACACAUUUUCUAAUAUAGCCAAUUCAUAUGGGAUUUUUUUUACUUCAAUAUUUGAAAAGCCUAUUAGUAUUUAAUGUCAAAGCAAAUCUAAUAGCUUUUUACGUUCAGUUAUCAAAUUGAAAAAUGUUAAAAAUUGUAGAGCUGAAAAUUAAAUGGUAUGGCAAUAUUUGGAAUGUUUUAUUGCCCUAACCCACUCCUUUGCACCAACCAGUAUGUAGUUUAAUGGCUUUUUUCUGAUUGUUGGACUCUUGGGUAGCUUAAAUUUGUAUUGUGGCAAAUUCCAAUAUUGCAUAUUAACUGUGUUAAUCUUAUAGAGGAAAGUUUUGUAGUAAAUAAAUUAUUGCUAUUCAUUUAUUGUUUGUCUGUUUCAGCCCGGUCCCAGUCGGGUCUACUUCAGAGAUCCAAAUCUAUGCUGACCAAACCAGGUGAAUAUUAACUUAAAAUGUGUGCUCGGAUUUUCAUUGCUAUGAAAAUAUAAACCCGUCUCUUUUUUUUCCUCAUUCCCCUUUUUGAAUCCCUUGUGAAGCCCUGAUCAAGUGUUUGAUCCCUAUGUUUCAAAUAGUUGUUUUUGUCCCAGUGAAUUAGGCAUCAGAGCUUCCCCUCACCCUCCUUUCACAUCCUAUUGUCCUUGAAAUCCUGCAUUGGGUGUUCAUGGUUACUAUACCAAUUCUUUAGUGGCGCUCUGCCAGUCCCAAGCUAGUGAACUCGAGUUCAAUCCUUAGAAAAUUUUUAAAUAAAUAUAGCUAGUGCUCGACUUACGACCUAUGAAACUUACGACCAUUCAACUUUACAACCACAUCAAAAAUUAUUAUUUAUAUUAAGAAUAAAAGAAAUUUAUGAUAUAAUUUAACUUGAAUAUUUUUGUAGCAUCACUUCACAUUACUGUACACAUAGCAUACUCAACUUAAGACCAAAUCGUGUUACGACUGGUCUGUCAGAACUGACCGUGGUCAUAAAUCAAGCACUAGCAGUAGUUAAUGGCCAUCUUGUCAUUUACAAAUUAUUGAAAUGUGCUUAUCCAGUUAAUAUUACAAACAAAUACAUAAGGUGAUAUCAAUUCUACCAAAUAUUUUAAUUAAGUUGGCCUGCACCUAUCAUGGAGGCUUGUACAUUAAACAGGCCUCUACAUAUCACUGAGGCCAGUACAUAUCAGGGGUUUCAAACAAGCUGUCUUCUCAGCCUCCAGGUGAUUUUUUUUUUAACUACACAUCUUUUAAUAAGACACAAAACGUAACUAUCCUGUAUUUAGCUGUGUUCAUUCCUUUAUUUAUUGAGUCCUUACACAAGCUGGCGCUUGAGGCAAUGGCCAAGAAAAGACGCUUCUGUCUACCAGAGGCUUCUGUUGGAGCUGUCUGCUGGAUGGGGCUACUAAUCCUACAGAUCUUUUUCUAGAGUUCUGUGGGAAGAUGCUAAAUGAUCAUCAGGCAGCCCUUGAAGAAGUCAGAGUUGGACACCAAUAAUAAAAUACUUGUGUAUCAGCUAAACCUAAUCUCCAGCGAAGGAGAUAUUUUUAACUUGUUGAUGUAAUUGGAUAUUUUUUAAAUUCAGUGUCACUGUAAAAUCAUUCCUUUUUGAUUAACUUUCCUCAUCAGAUUCUGACCAGGGCAGGGACUCUGAGUGGUUCUCCAUAUUUCCAUUGGAGAAUGAGGCUCUCAUUUACAAGAAUUGGGAGGAUGACAUCAUAUGGGAUGCCCAGGUGAAUUCUGACCUCAUCACAUGCUUGUGUUUUACCAACUGCAUUGCUGAUACUUUUUGUAACACAUAUAAGAAAUUAAAUAUACCUGGGUUGUUAAUUUUUAUAGAAACUUUAAUAAAAUAAGUUUGAUUUUUUCUUUAAUGAUAUAAAUAGUGGAUAUUUUCCCCAAAAAUUACAACUCAAAUUUAAAGGAUAUUUUAAAAACAAGAGUUGUAUCAGUAUAGUAACAAAGAUAGUAAAUGGCACACAGACAAGUCAGUUGCUGUCAAUAUUGGACCUCAAAAUCAAUAAGCUGAGCAUUAAUUAUUGAGAUAACUUCAGUAGAAGACAACUUCAGUAGUGCUAAUAUACAGCAUAUCAUUGCUUGUUAAGUUACAUGUCAAAAUGUGAAACAGUUCUCAUUUUCUAUAUCUGUUCUUUGCAUUUCAUACAGAACAUGGAUUCCAUACCAAGUCCAAAGGUUCUCACACUGGAUCCUAAUGAUGAAAACAUCAUUUUGGAGAUUCCAGAUGAUGUAGACCCUAAUCAACAGGUUGAGCAAGGAACAGGCACAAAGAAGGAAAAGGUAAUCAACUGGUUCAACAUUACCUCUCCUUUUUAAACAGUACCUUUCUCUCUACCAUUAUACCUCUUUUGUUAAACAUCAAAUUUAUUCUCAAUAUAUAUCACUAUUGUCAAACAUUACCUCCCUUUUUUAAACAAAAUACUUCCAGCUGCUAUACAUCUUGGUUGGAAUAAUUAUUUGAAUUUUUUGGUGAUAUGUUCUUUAAAGACAUUUCAAUGUUUUUUUUUUUUAAGCCUUAAUGUUUAUUGCAAUUUAUAGCAAUAAAGUGUACAAUUUUUGUUUAGAAUUCUCUUGACGCAUCAAUGAAAGCUGUGAUCCAUACACUGGGAGCAUGGAUUUAAUAGUUAAAAUUGUGUGGUUUUGUGACUCAUUCAAUCUUGUAUUCGUCUUUGUAGGAGAGUCUGAGGAAGAGUAAGAUUCUACUGGGUAAGGCAGGAAUUCUUAAAGACGGAAAUGAUGAAAAAGAAGAGGUGAGGCAAAUUAAAAUUUAAAUCUUCAUUAAGAAUAAAUAAAGAGGUUUUUUAAAAUCUAUAUUUCAUAUGUUUGUAAAUAUUUUAUAAAAAUGGAGAAAAUUCCCAGUGACGUUGAAUUCAGUUCAGUUUAUUUUGACAGUGUGCAACUCUUAUUCAUGCUUUUUAAAUUUGUUUCAUCCUUGUCUCUUUAUUACCAUUUUUUUUUACACAUGUCAGUGUCAAUAUUUACUAAUUAUGCUAUGAAUUAUAAAUGUUUAAAAAUCUCUUUCUAUAAAUUAUAGCAUUUCUUUUCUACACAUUUGCUCUAGAGGCGUUGGAUUGUUAUUUAUUCUUCUCCGUUUUGAACAACAACCUUGUCUACCAAUUUUUUCCAAAAAAAAUUAAGAAUAUCUAAAAUGGUGACUUUAAAAUAAUAAUAAUAAAACUGCCAUGAAACCCAUUGCACGUGUCAGACCAAGAAAAUUAAUGCCAUAAUGACACUGUCUGUCUCCCAGGUUCCUAAUGCAGUGAAUGCCAAAGAUUUGUUUAACUUAUCCAAUGAUGAGUACUACAGUCCUAAACAAAUGGAUAAUGCUCUCCGGCCCAACAUUGGUAGCUCUGUUAUACAGGUGAUUUUUUUUAAAGUUUAUGUUAUCAUGCAGCUUUUCCCACUUGACAUUAAGUAAUGAGUAUACAUUCAGAUGUCAGGUAAUGAUAUUCUUUACCAAUCAAUUUUUUCAAGGGGUUGUAGAUAAGCUUGUGAGCUUUCCCUACUAAUUUGAAACCCAACAAAUAAGGACAGAUACAUUUUACCCCUCUUGAGAGGACGGGGCCGAUCUGUCUGCCCAAUAAUACAAGCCUCGACAUUGGCUGGAUGCUCUUCCUUCCAGCUAAUAAGAUUACUUGUUGUAUUUCCUGCUAAUCUCGGCACAUAAAUGGCAGAUUGCGAUGUUCUUAGUCAUUUUAUAUCAAUUCUUUUUUGUACCAAGUGACCCUCACAAUUGCUUAAAAAAUACAGGACCUAGACGUAUGCCACACACCAAAAACAGCCCCAAUGGAAUAUUUUAUGCAGUUUUUCACAUUGAAUCUCUUUCAAAUGUUUGUUAGGACUUAUUUUUGCUUCAACACUCAGAAAAUUCACAAAAAUUCUGCUAGUAAGACAUGUUUGUUUUAAGUGUAAAAAAAAAAUAAUUAUGCUAAUCGUGAAUCUCAUUAGCAUAAAUGUUGAAAUAUCAGUUUGAUUCAUAAAAAUUGUAUUAGUUAAUUCAAUGUCCUACAAUAAUGUAUGUAGUUUUAUGUUUCUAAAGUUAUUACUCUAUAUGUUAUAUAAAAAAGAUUGCAAAGUAAGUGCUGGGCUUGUGAAAAGAGAACCUUCUUCUUGGCACCAAUAGUCCAAAAAGGGUUCGUCUCCAAAAAGAUUAAUCUUCUAUAACAAAAUGAUGCAGGUGACCAAAUAUUUUGUCUAUGACAAAGACAGUGAUGUAUUUCUUGUUCUAUCUGUGAAGCAUUCAACACCAGCAGCUGAGCUGAGGCAGCCCUUCUUUCCCACCCACUUGGGCCCCAACAAACUGAGACAGUACCACAGGCCACCCUUGAAGAAGUACUCCCAUGGAGCACUGGCCUCAUUCGGACCCCAUUCUGUUCAGAGCCUCAACAAAGUCAUCAAGAGAAAGGCCAAGGUAGCAUUUUAACAAGACAAAUAUUUUUGAGACUUUAAACUCAAUAAUUGUAACAUUAUGUGAACAUAACUAGAUUUGUGUGUAUUGUUUCAUAAAUAAAUUAAAGAUUGGCUAUAUCUCCUUAGAUUAAUAUAUAAUAAUUAAUGCUGUUGUCUGAUAUGGAAGGUUUAAACAAUUCCAGUUCAUUUAAAAAUAGACAAUGUAAAUUAGUUCCAUUAAUGAAUUCCAUUAAUAUAAGUAAGUAGUAUCAGGUAUGUAGUUGCUUCUAGGUGUCAACAAGCUAGAAGCAACUAUAUCAUGUGUAUUUUGUUGUAAAAAUAGUACUUUAUUUUUUAGAUAAAUUAAGUGUAAAAUGAACUAUACUAAGAAUUUGGCAUGAGCUUAAUUUAACUUAAUUAUUAUAAGCUGACUGGUUUUCUACCAACAAAAAGAUGGGAUUGAUGUACUGAAAAUUAUGCUCUUCAGAUCAGAGACCAGGAAAGACAGGCAUUCGGAGGUGGUGAGAUUUUCUUCAUGAGAACUCCACAAGAUCUGACGGGAAUGGAUGGGGAGCUAAUUCUCGCAGAGUACUCUGAGGAAUUCCCUCCCUUGAUGAUGCAAGUGGGCAUGGCUUCAAAGAUCAAGAACUAUUAUAAAAGGGUAAACUGAAAUAUAUCAGUUUAACUUUUUUUUUCUUCAGCAUUGACCUUUGGCAUUUGGGGAACACGCUUCUCUCCUUCACUCAUAGAGUUUGAAGAUGAACUUUGUAUUUUUUUUUUUAAAAAUUAGUUUGGACACAAGCGGUAUUUCUAGUUUCAUGAAAUAAAAUGUUUCUUAUUGUUAAAUCGAAGUGGCUAUUUGUACCCGUGUACCAGAAGUGAGAGGUUGGGAUUAAAAAACUAUUAAAAAAUUGUUGGGUUUUUAAGACAAAAGGAGGUAUCAAAUGAAAGAUAAUUGAAUCGACUAUAUGUUUGUAAACUUAAUUCUUCAGUUUAACUAAAAUAAGCUACCACAAAUUACAUCCGAAUAGCACUGAGUCAAAAUGGACCCAGACACGCAGCGCCGCCAUUCGCACCCGGGUACCAUUAGACUCAAGCUAUUCGGAUGUCAUAAAAUUUAAGUUUAUUUUAGUUCAACUGAAGAAGUAAGUUUACAAACAUAUAGUCCAUUCAAUUAUCUUUCAUUUGAUACCUCAUUUUGUCCUACAAACCCAACAACAAUAUAUUAAAUCAUUUUUUAAUCCCAACCUCUCACUUCUGGUACUCGGGAACGAAUAGUCGCAGCCUUGUUAAAUAUCCAAUUUAAUUAGUCAAUUAUAAAUAGAUUUAUUAGAAACAGAAAUAUUAAUUUUAUUUAACCUAAUAAUUAUUGGGAUAUGGGAUAUUCUUGAACUAUGUGAAGGUGUGUUAAGGGGGGAACAUAUCCUUAAUGUCUUGUGUAAUCAAUGCUUUCAACUUGUGUUACCACGAGUCCCUUUGUGAAUUUUUGCCUUAAUUGCAGUAAGAAUCAGUUGAAGCUGUCUAAAGUAAUUUCUCAUGCAGUACUCCUAUAUUAUCUAUCAAUCCCCCAUUUUCAGAAACCAGGAAAAGAUACAAACCCACCGUCUUUCAAGUAUGGUGAGCUGGCCUAUGCUCACACGUCUCCGUUCAUUGGUGCACUCAAGCCUGGCAACUGCCUGCAGGCUCUGGAGAACAACAUGUUCCGCUCACCUAUAUACGAGCAUCAGCUGCCUUCAACUGACUUCCUUGUUAUUCGGACUAGGCAUGGGUAUGGAUUAAAUACACAGUGCUAAAUCUACAGCCUUACUUCUGACAGUUCCUAGAGAACUUUAAAAAAUAUCAGUUAUAGCCCGUCAAACGGAUGAGGCGGCGAAGCAUGAACUUCCCAUCUACUAAAGUUACUUGACAAACCAUAAACUCAUGGAAUGUACUUCUUAAGAAUCCCAAUUAGUGCUACACCCAUUACCCCAGAGUACACUGCAGCACACAUUUUUUCUUGCCCCUUGACUAUAUUAAUAUUCCAAUGUCCCACCCCCAUUUACACCAAGUAUUUACAGAGUCUUUUGACCCGCUCCUGAACUAUACGUAAAACACAGAAUGCCUAUCUAAAGAGGAAUAUCUAAACUGAAGUUCGAGUUAUUAUUUAAAGAAUAUGGUAUUUAUUUUAAGUUUAUAGCCUAUACCAAAUUUCAAAUCUGUGACAUAACUGUGCUUGGAGUUAAUGAUUUUAAAAUUUACAACCACACCCGAAACCCAAUUCUCCUUGCUUUGAAAUUUAAAAAAAAAAAAGAAAAUUUUAAAAUACAUAAAUCAAAGUUUUACUUUAAAUUAUCUAUAUACCAAUAUUCACAUUUGUAAUGUUUUUGUGUUUUGAAAUAUUGCUAUGACCCAAUUGACAUCACCCAAGUAAAACUAUUGAAAAUGUACCCAGACUCCAAAUAAUCUUGUCCUUGAAAUGUAAAAACAAAACGGUUACAUACAUAAUUCACAAUUUUAUUUUAAAUUAAAAAAUGUAAAUAUUAAAGAUACAAAGGUAAAAUUUGGUUUGGUGCAUAAACAAUUUAAAAAAAGCAUUCAAAAGCAUUUUUUUUAUAAAAGGGGAAAAAACUUGUGAUCUGCAGGUUAAAUUAAGUUCUAAUAAAAAUUAAUCUUAUUUUAGUUUAAUCGAGUUCAAGUGAAAUUUUGAUUUAAUAUUGUUUGGAGUUAUUUCAGCAAUUAAAAUAAAUUUAAAUUUGUCAUAUUGACAACAGAAUUAAAAAAACAACAGAUUUUUGGGAUUUGCCGAUAAAUGGUCUUAAAAAUUAAUAACAGUAAUGCAUAGACGAUCUUAUCUUCACUCUCACAUUGAGAUAAAAUACUCAAAAUAAUUAUUUAAUUGUUAUAUUAAAUGAAUAUGUUUCUUAAAAUUAAACAGCAAUCAAUGUUAUAUAUAUAUAUUUUUAAAAGGGGAAAAACAUGUCCGUUUUAUCACAAGUGGUUAUAAUCAAGGAAAGUUAAAUCUUGUGAGUUGCGGGUUUAAAUAUUAAAUAAGUUCUUAUUAGAUUAUUCUAACUUUUGUAUCACUGAGUUUUGUGAAAGUUAUAUAUUGAUAUCGUUCAUUUGGGCUAAUAACAUAAAUUUAAAUAUAAUUGUGCAAUUUUAACAAAGCAGUAAAAAAACAUUAGAGUUUCUGGUUUUCCCUAUAAAUGUGCUUACAAAUUAAUAACAGUAAUACAUAGAAAAUUAUAUCUUAAAUUUCACAUUCAGAUAAGGUACUCAAAAUAAUUUUUUAAUUGUUAUAUUUAAUGUAUUGCUAAUUAAUAAUCAUAAUGGUUACAUAUAAAAAAUUACAUAUACCGUAUUUUCUGGCCUAUAAGAUGACUUUCUAGACCCAAAUUAUAGUGCCAAAACUUGGGGGUCGUCUUAUACGCCGGGUACAAUGGCCGAAAUAUAGUUUUAAUGCCCGCCGAGUGCUCCAUACCUUGUACAAGAGGUAGCCAGAUCGGUGAUGUGUUUUGGUGAUUUUAAGUACCAGAAAGUCAACAGUUUUCAUUAAAAUUACAUAUUUAAAUCAAAUCUGAUGGUUUUUUUUUAUGUUUCUGAUUUUUUUAAAAAUCGUGUUGUCUCGGAAGGGGGUAGUCUUAUAUGGCGAUUAUACACCAAAACCAAUAUUUUUCCUGGAAAAUUAGGGGGUCGUUUGAUAUGCCCAGUCGUCUUAUACGCCGGAAAAUGCGGUACAUAAAUUUAAGUAGAUAUAUUUUAUUUUUCUCAUAUUCAAUUGAAUUGAUUCCAUUUCUGUAAAGUAAUAAAAAAAUUGAUAUCAUUUUUUUAAAGAAUUAUAGUCAUAGUUUAUUUUAAUUGAUUUUUUUUUAGCUUUACAUGAAUAUUAUAGCUCCCUCUUAUAGAUAAAAUCUUUUAACCAAUUUUCUCAUCUGUAACAGCAAUGUGUGAACUUACUUGGCAAAACAUGCACUUAAGUAAGGCACUUUUUAAGAAUCCCAAUGAUUGCCACACCCUCUUCCCCCAGGGUGCGAAAACGCACACUUUUUUUCAUGCCCCUUAACUGUAUUAAUAUUUUGAUGUCCCAUCACUGAAAAAAUUACUACGCAAUAUUUAAAUUGAGACUAUUUCAAUUUCUUUAAAACAAGAAAAUAUAACUCACCAAAGGCAGUUGCGAUAUUUUUAAGAAUCUCAUUUAACGCAUUUGUGUGGAAUUUUAUUUUGUAGGUUAUUGAACUCGCCGUUACAGCAUACAUUCUUUGAUACCUAGAGAAUCAUAUUGAUCAAUCAAGGAAAAAAAAACUUGCCUAAAACAAUUUUGAGCAAAUGUGAAUAAUUCUUAUUUUAAUGUACACAAAUGAGAGCCUGAUGUCUUUCUCACAAAAGAAGUAUUUCAAUUUUGAUAUUAUUUCUAUAACAGAUACUUCAUUCGUGAUAUUGAAACCAUCUACACUGUGGGUCAAGAGGGACCGCUGAUGGAAGUUCCCGGUCCAAACUCUAAGCGAGCCAAUAAUUUUGUCAGAGAUUUUCUACAAGUGAGUGUCAGAGGUUAAAAAUCUUUAUUGCAUGGGGCAAUAUUGUUCUUUGUAUGCUCGGCUACCUUAGAUUAAUUAAUCUUAUCAAGAGUUGAUCAUGUGUUGUAUAGAACAUGGGCUCAUGGUCUGUGAUAUUCUUUUUAACUUUCCAUUGCCUUAACCCCCUUAAACAUGCAUUAUUCUUCACAAAUAUUUUUGCUAUGGCAGUAGUAUCACAUAUAUUGUACAAUAUAUCUUGGUAGUAACACAAUUGAAUUGAAUGUUUACUUUUAUAUUGUACAAUAUACCUUGGUUAGUAACAAAAUUGAAUGUUUCCUUCCAUAUUACAUCAAAUGUAAUGAUCAUUAGAUCUUCAUAGCAAAAUUUCCUGUUACUUAAAGGAAUCUACAAAAAUAGAACUGAUAACCGAGAUUUCAUAAGGUGAAAGUUGAAAGGUCACAACAUUCCCAUUCUCUUGGGUGGAAAAAGAAGAUGUAAAUUGUUGGUUUAAAUUCUUAAACUUACAUGAUUCUGUUUUUUUACUCAGAGUCAAAAGCCUUAUUGACUGUCAUACAAACAUCUUACCUACUUGCUUCCCGCUGAAGGUUUUUCUUUUUCCCAGGUUUUCAUUUACCGCCUGUUCUGGAAAAGCAAAGAUGAGCCACGCAGAAUCAAAAUGGAGGACAUUAAGAAAGCUUUCUCAUCUCAUUCUGAGAGCAGCAUCAGGAAACGAUUGAAACUGUGUGCAGACUUUAAAAGAACAGGUAAAUAUUUUACUAAUGUAAAACAUUUCGGCUAAGUUUUGUUUAUAUUUGUGUUACUUUUUGUUUGUACCGUACUGAAGAAGGCAUCAUGCUGACACGUUCGUUAUUUUGUUGCCUCCUUUUUUUCAGGUUUUCCCCAAACCUUGUUUUACACAUCUCCUUCUUUCUAACCUCAUGCCCCUAGUCCCCUUAUUAUCAUCUACUAAUAUAAUAUUGGUUGAAUCUCAUUUAAAAUUGAAUCUAGUGUUUUUGAUGUAUUUAAACAGUCUUACAGCAGUUUUAGUUGAUUGCAACUCCAUAGAGAGCGCAAUGGUGGCCCAUCACCGGAUAUUAGAACUGUUAUAUUUUGGCUGUAGUUAUUGUAUCAUUCUACUUUUUAGGGUCUGAGUGCUUAAUUUUUGUACUGAAUCGUUGCAAUUAUUUUUGUCAUCUUCUCUUAUCUGUUUUAUAAAGAUAUCUUAUAGAGGCCUGAAAAAUAUUUAACAGAAAUUUUUUGUUAGUUACAAUUUUGUAUUAGUAUUAUUAGUGUUAAUUCAAAACUGGCGUGUCUGACAGAUCAGUAAAUGCAAAGAAGGCCGAUGUUGUACGAUGUUAUUAGAUUCUUAUUUGUUUGCCAGGCAUGGACUCCAACUGGUGGGUCCUUAAACCAGACUUUAGACUUCCCACCGAGGAGGAGAUUAGGGCCAUGGUUUCUCCAGAGCAGUGCUGUGCCUGGUACAGUCUUAUCACGGCGGAGCAGAGGCUAAAGGUGUGUUAGAUGGGAUUGGAUACUUUUAUAGCCCUUGUGUCCAUGCUAUUUGGCAUGCUGUAUCAGAAUAGGCACAAUAAUUUCAAUGAUCUGAAUGCAUGUUAUGUAUGUGUUUCAUAAGCUUUGAGUAAUGAACUGGUUCUACUAUUAUUUAUUAAAAUGCUUAUGUGUCGUAUCCUUGAUGUCAUUGCUAGGAUGCUGGGUACGGAGAAAAGUCUUUGUUUUCAGUGGAAGAAGAAAACGAAGAGGACACACAGACUAAAAUUGACGAUGAGGUAAUGUGUUAAAAAUAACCUUUUUUUUUAAUUAGUCAGGUUUUGGGUGAAUUAAAUUUUCUAGUUGGUCCAGUCAGCAGCAUUUCCAGGUAGUUUUAUCAUUGCAGGCCAGGUAGGGAGUUAUGGGUGUUAGUUUUAAAAUAGGAAACUUAACAUUGCUGACUUAAUGUUCUAAAUGAAACCAUUCUCUGCUGUAACUAGAUCAAAGAACAUUGCUGACUUGAUGUUCUAAAUGAAACCAUUCUCUACUGUAACUAGAUCAAAGAACAUUGCUGACUUGAUGCUCUAAAUGAAACGAUUCUCUGCUGUAACUAUAUCAAAGGACAUUGCUGACUUGAUGUUCUAAAUGAAACCAUUCUCUGCUGUAACUAGAUCAAAGAACAUUGCUGACUUAAUGCUCUAAAUGAAACCAUUCUCUGCUGUAACUAUAUCAAAGAACAUUGCUGACUUGAUGUUCUAAAUGAAACCAUUCUCUGCUGUAACUAGAUCAAAGAACAUUGCUGACUUAAUGUUCUAAAUGAAACCAUUCUCUGCUGUAGCUAGAUCAAAGAACAUUGCUGACUUGAUGAGCUAAAUGAAACCAUUCUCUGCUGUAACUAGAUCAAAGGACAUUGCUGACUUAAUGUUCUAAAUGAAACCAUUCUCUGCUGUAACUAGAUCAAAGGACAUUGCUGACUUGAUGCUCUAAAUGAAACGAUUCUCUGCUGUAACUAGAUCAAAGAACAUUGCUGACUUAAUGCUCUAAAUGAAACCAUUCUCUGCUGUAAUUAGAUCAAAGAACAUUGCUGACUUAAUGUUCUAAAUGAAACCAUUCUCUGCUGUAACUAUAUCAAAGGACAUUGCUGACUUGAUGUUCUAAAUGAAACCAUUCUCUGCUGUAACUAGAUCAAAGAACAUUGCUGACUUAAUGCUCUAAAUGAAACCAUUCUCUGCUGUAACUAGAUCAAAGAACAUUGCUGACUUGAUGCUCUAAAUGAAACCAUUCUCUGCUGUAACUAGAUCAAAGAACAUUGCUGACUUAAUGCUCUAAAUGAAACCAUUCUCUGCUGUAAUUAGAUCAAAGAACAUUGCUGACUUGAUGUUCUAAAUGAAACCAUUCUCUGCUGUAACUAGAUCAAAGAACAUUGCUGACUUAAUGCUCUAAAUGAAACCAUUCUCUGCUGUAACUAGAUCAAAGAACAUUGCUGACUUAAUGCUCUAAAUGAAACCAUUUUCUGCUGUAAUUAGAUCAAAGAACAUUGCUGACUUAAUGCUCUAAAUGAAACCAUUCUCUACUGUAACUAGAUCAAAGUGAUAUAAAUUAAUUCUGUCCAUCACCAGAUCCGGGCCGCACCUUGGAACACGACCAGAGCUUACAUUUCAGCCAUGAAAGGAAAAUGUCUACUUCAGCUGACGGGUCUGGCCGACCCAACGGGAUGUGGUGAGGGAUUCUCAUACAUCAAGGUCAGUAGAGUUUUUUUUUUAAUAGCUCAACACAUUCUCAAGAUGUGAACAUUUUUUUUCACCCUGGGCACAGGCCAAAGUGCUGCUCUAUCAGGAUGAUUGUUUACUAUUUGCUUAAAUAUUGUAUUAGUGUUUCGUUUUUUUUUUAAAUAUUAGAUUGUUGCAUCAUGGGGCAUUUUAGAAUACCCAUGUAAGCACAAGUAAAUAUUCUCUAGUUAUGGAUGCAUGUUUCGUGUUAAAGUGAGUUCAACACCAUGCUAAAUAAAAUUCCUGACAACUGCGCUAAAUGAGAUUCGUAAAUUCCGCAGUUACGUUUGAUGCUGAAUAUUUUCUUUUGUUUUACGGGAAUUAUCUCAAAUUAAAUAUGAGGUAAUAAAUGUGGAUGUAAAGGGGGAUGGGACACCUGGAUGAAAUAUUGUUCAAGGGCGUAAAAAAAAUGUGCAAUGGCAUACGUAUGAAGGUUAGCACUAAUUGGUUAGCACGUAUAAAAUAUGUUGCCUGAAUGCAUGUUUUGUCAAGUAAGUUUAGUAGAUGGGAAGUUCAGGCAUUGCGGCCACUGUUUGGUGGGCUGUUUCUAGUAGUUGAUGUUGGUCAUGUUCAGUUCAGUUCAUGCUAAAAGCUGCACAUUUAAUGCUCUGUUUUAGCUAUAUGAGUCUUGAUACCUAGCAAUAAAGUUAUUACAAGAUGAUUCAGUAUGGGAUAGACUCAACAAGAACAAAUAUCACUGUGCUUUUACUAGGCUCUGAUUAGAGCAAAUAUCAUAGUGCUUUUACUAGGCUCUGAGUAGAGCAAAUAUCAUAGUGCUUUUACUAAGCUCUGAGUAGAGGAAAUAUCAUAGUGCUUUUACUAGGCUCUGAGUAGAGGAAAUAUCAUAGUGCUUUUACUAAGCUCUGAGUAGAGCAAAUAUCAUAGUGCUUUUACUAGGCUCUGAGUAGAGGAAAUAUCAUAGUGCUUUUACUAGGCUCUGAGUAGAGCAAAUAUCAUAGUGCUUUUACUAGGCUCUGAGUAGAGCAAAUUUCAUAGUGCUUUUAGUAGGCUCUGAGUAGAGCAAAUUUCAUAGUGCUUCUAGUAGGCUCUGAUUAGAGCAAAUAUCACAGGGCUUUUAGUAGGCUCUGAUUAGACUAAUUAGAGCAAAAACCACAGGGCUUUUACUAGGCUCUGAGUAGAGCAAAUAUCAUAGUGCUUUUACUAAGCUCUGAGUAGAGGAAAUAUCAUAGUGCUUUUACUAGGCUCUGAGUAGAGCAAAUUUCAUAGUGCAUUUACUAGGCUCUGAGUAGAGCAAAUAUCAUAGUGCUUUUACUAGGUGAGUAGAGCAAAUAUCAUAGUGCUUUUACUAGGCUCUGAGUAGAGCAAAUAUCAUAGUGCUUUUACUAGGUUCUGAGUAGAGCAAAAACCACAGGGCUUUUACUAGGCUCUGAGUAGAGCAAAUUUCAUAGUGCAUUUACUAGGCUCUGAGUAGAGCAAAUAUAGUGCUUUUACUAGGCUCUGAGUAGAGCAAAUUUCAUAGUGCUUUUAGUAGGCUCUGAGUAGAGCAAAUUUCAUAGUGCUUCUAGUAGGCUCUGAUUAGAGCAAAUAUCACAGGGCUUUUAGUAGGCUCUGAUUAGACUAAUUAGAGCAAAUAUCACAGGGCUUUUACUAGGCUCUGAAUAGAGAUUUAACUAAGUAUGUUUCAACUUUCCUGAGCCAGGUUAUUCAGCUACAAACAGACCCACUUUUAGUCAUUCAUCCUGAGCUGGGCAAAGUUAGUUGGAUGAAAAUAAUUUCAUUAGUGCUGUUUACAGCCACCGUUUCUAUCUAAACUUUAAUUUAUUUUUCAUGGCUGUCGGCAGAGGUGUCAUGUCAGCUCGAUCAUUACGAUGGGGUCCCGGGCCCAGCGCUGCGGAUAUCACAAUGAAGCUCAAAGUUUGUAGGGACAUUAGUUGGGAUGCCAUCUUGUCCAGUAGCUGCAAGCAUUCCCUAUGGUUAUGUUUCUUUAGAUAAUCUCGCACUGGUUUUUUGUAGCAUAGCAUUGUAUCCGAGUCUGUAAAGUACCAAAGUUCCGCAAGGUAGAGGGCGAUUUGGGGUCUGUUCUCUAGCAGUGCUGCCUGGAGGGGCGAAACAGAUUUGCUGGCAGGCCAAAACAUCUGCCUGAAUCUACGUUCACAAGAGUCGAUGUUUGCAGGUCCCACUCCGCUAGAGAUGAGUUUCUGGAGAAGGGUGAAACUGCCAAGUGUGAUUACCUUGUGGAUAAUGCUUGGAAGCAGUUGAGAAGAGCUUGCGUUGUUCUCUAGUAAAAUUUCAGCGCAAGCGAUUGCCCUGGAUGUGAUUAUAGACCCUCCCAAAGUCAAUGAAAGUGCUUUCCCUUUCUGUUGCUUGUCUAUAGCAGCAUCUUGCUGUAGCAGAAGGUUGAGUGCAGUUUCAUCCUGAUUUCUAGCUGCCAACACGACUGCACUACAUCCUUCCUUAUUGGGGAGGUUCACAUCGAUUCCAGCUUGAAGCAGAAUCUUCAAUGUAUCGACACUGUGUUUGUCAUGGUUAAGUGCGUGGCCCAAGGCUGUAUUCCCAUCAUCAUCCUGCAGGUUGACAUCAGCUCCCUUGGCUACCAGAAAUUCUGUGAUACAACAAUUAGGAUGUUUGACAGCCUCCAUCAAAGGCGUCAUUCCUGUUUUACUUUUCAAAUUAACAGCCGCAUUGCAGCACGUGACCAGCAGUUUCACGCUUUCAAACGCAUCAUUCCUAGCAGCCAGAUGCAGGGCAGAUUCACUGUCAAUGUUGACAUCUUCUAUAUCGUAGGCUCCCUUUUCUAUUAUUUUCUGAAGAACCUCCUGGGCACCUUUGACUGAUGCAGUGACCAAGAACAGCGUGGCACCAUCUGGAUUUUGGACACUGUGGUCAGCCCCAGAAUUUAAGAACAGCUCUACAAUUUUGCCAAGAUCUUUGAAUGUUUGAGCAUGAAUGUCAUCACAACUGAUUUCCUUAUUGAUAUUCUCGAGGUCUGAAAUGUAUUUUCUAGCCAUCGCAUUUAGUGGCGCCGUUUUCUCGUAAGGGUGCAUCUCCACUGUCUUAUUGACGUCUGCUCCCUGUUCCAACAGAAGCUUCACGACAUCCGGCUUUAAGGCCAUCAUGAGCGGAGUCUUCCCGUGAAACACACUGUCAAUAUCUGCCCCCCAGUCUAGAAACAUGUUGAUCAUGUCUGUGUUGCCCCUAGCUACCGCAGCAUGCAACAGGCCAGUUUUACCACCAUCUCUUGCUACUUGAGCAGUGAGCACAGGAAAAUGUUUGUGCAGAAAGUAAAAUGAUCUCAGCAUGUUUUGUUUGACUGAGAUCUGCACUGCUUUUGUGAUGUCUACUUCGGCGUUGUGUAUCAGAAGCAGGUGAGCACAGUCCAUUUUUCCAUUCUCAAUUGCCAUGUCAAAUGCUGAAUAUCCAUUCCUUGCCUCCCCUCGAGCGUCGAACCUUCCGUUGACAUCGGCGCCGUAGCGCAGAAGUACCUCCAUCAUAUCACGGUGUCCUUUCCCUGCCGCUACAAUCAGGGCAGGCAUGGGCUGGGUGUAUGUGACGCCAUCCGGUGGGGCGUUGUGGGCCAACAGAAGCUCCAGCAGUUCUUUGCUCUGUAGUUCUACGGCCACCACCACUGGGGAGUCUUUAUUCUUGGCAGGCGUGUCCACGGUGGCCCCUGAUUUUAAAAGUUCUGUAAUCAUAUUCAGCUCAGCCACACCUACUUUUUCAUCCAUCAGUUUCACUGAGCUGAGGACAUCGAUCAAAACACAGCUGUCUUGUCCAUCUCGCUUUUUAAGGUCCGUGCAAUGGCAGUCUAGCAAUGUCAUGAACGACUCUACAUCCCUCGCCUCAAACGCUUUACCCAGUGGGGUUUUGCAGUUGGAUCUGUCAUUCCUUAGGUAUGAAAUUGCUCUCUCGAGACCAGACGUCUUGGCAAGUUGAGCGGCAGUCGGCGCAUAUUCUGAGCUCGGUUCAUCAUAACGCGCACCAGCAUCCAGUAACAGGUGAACAGUAUCUAGGUCACGGGCCAUGACGGCUUUCAUCAAUGCCGUAAGGCCGCUGCUGUUGGUGUGUUCAAUGUUGACACUGUUACACUCAAGUAGAAGUUGAGUCAUGUGUAAUGAUCCAGACUUGCUUAUCGAUGAUAUCAAAGGGGUGUCUCCUGUUAGGGGGUUUUCAGCAUUGAAAUCUACCCUCCUCUUGAGAAUCUCCCUGACAAUGCAUAUAUGACCUUUUUCUACAGCGGCCAGCAGAGGGGUGUAUCCUGCAGAGUUCAUGGCAUUUAUAUCAGCUCUUUGCUUUAUGAGAAGUUUGGCUAUUUGUGUGUGUCCGUUCCUAGCACUUAUUAUCAAAGGUGUGUCCUUGAAUAAAUUCCUAGCAUUCACUAGAGCACCUCUUCUGAUGAGCCAUACAGCUAUGUCAUAGAAAUUGUUGAGCACACAGUUGAUCAGAGGUGUGUUGCCAUCUUUGUCUUUGGUCUCUAGGCAGGCCCCUUGGCGCAGAAGAUGUUGAACUUCAAACUUGUGGCCAUGUUUGCACUGCGUAAGCAGUCUGGUGUUUAGAAUGGCCUGCUCAUUGGCUGUGUCAUUGAAUAGACAUCUGUAUCUUUUUUUUGGUGGGGAUCUGCAGUCAUCUGGUGGUGAUCUGCAGUCGUUUGGUGGUGAUCUGCAGUCGUUUGGUGGUGAUCUGCUGUCAUCUGGUGGUGAUCCGCAGUCAUCUGGUGGUGAUCCGCAGUCAUUUGGUGGUGAUCUGCAGUCGGUUGGUGGUGAUCUGCAGUCAUUUGGUGGUGUCUGUUUGAUCUUGGGGCUAUCAGAAAAGUAUUUAGGGAUAUCAGCCAUUCAUCUGGCCCUUGGUGCUGCUUUCCUUGCCUGUAGCAUAUUAUAGACUACCUGUCAUCUGAAAAAUUCAAUAGAUUAAGUUCAUUUAAUGCUCUCAAUAUUGCUGUCAUAGAAGAAAGUUAAAUGUCAUCUGGACUUUUCCAUUGAGUUUAUACAUCUAAGAAAAUGCUCAUGUCAUUAACUUGUGUGUUGAAAUGUAUUUAACCAAACAUGUGACCACUCUAAACCCAUCAAGUAGUAACACAGCACAAGGACAGUCUUAACUUGUUUUGAAAAAAAUGUUCAGAGAUCUUUACACCUAACACAUUAAACUGUUACUUGUUAACAUAUGUGAGUACAAAAAACUUACCUGUUAUGGUCAGUAUCCUUCAUAAACUUACCAUGAUGAUCCAUCUCCUUGAUAAACUUACCUGUUAAGGCCAGUCCCCUUUAUAAACUUACCUGUAAUGGUCAGUCUCUUUGAUAAACUUACCUGUGAUGGUCAUUCUCCGUGAUAAACUAACUAUCAUGGUCAGUCUCCUUGAUAAAAUUACUCCUAAUUGUUAGUCUCCUUGAUAAACAUAAUUGAACUAAUUAUAAGAGGUUUUGACUGGGAUGAAGCUUUGAAGUAGAUGAAUGAGACAGAGUUAAUAAAACAGAGCAGCUUAGGUAGGCUUUAAUUAUUUGCAGACAAAAUAGACAUUUAUAAGUUUCAGGUAAAGCCUUUAUAAGUACAACAGAGUAAUAUAUAUAUAUAUAUUAUAUGUGUGUAUAUAUAUCCUACCUAUUAAGAAAAAGGAAAGGCUCAAGUCCCUCACAAAGAUCAGAAGAAUUCUGUUUUUUGUUCUCAUAUUGUUUUAUUUACACAUAUUGUUUGUGUCUUAGUAUUCUUGUAACACUCAACUGUGAUGGUCAGUCUGGUCGGUCUCCUUGAUAAACUUACCACUAAUGGUCAUUAUCUUUGAUAAACUUACCUGAGAUGGUCAGUAUCCUUGAUAAGCUUACCUGUAAUGGUCAAGCUUCUCGUUCAAUGUAUCCAUGUAAUAAGCUCUGUAAAUUGAAACUAGCCUCUGUCUUUGUUUAUAGUUGACUUAUAUGUUAUGUUCAUGUAUUUGAAUACUCUUGUAAAGUCUUAAUUGACACACCAUAUCAGUUACUGUAAACUAGUCAAGACUAGUCAUGUUAGUGUGGUAUGGGAUAUAUAAUAUUGCUGGGUCCAAUGAGAUUUUCCAGGAAAUGAAAGGAACAUUACAGUCAGCUGUGUAGAUAUAUAAAUAUAAACAUAUAUAUACAUACAUACAUACCAAAACACACACACGACAAACCUUAUCAGUGGCCCCUGGCAACUUUAUUGUUCGGUUCCAGUGCACCACUGGCAGACUAAAGGAAGCGCGCUUGGUGAACCAUUCUCAUGGUUGGUGAACCAUUCUCACACUAAGGGAGGAGUUGUUGGUGAACCAUUCUCAGACUAAGGGAGGGGAGGUUGGUGAACCAUUCUCAGACUAAGGGAGGGGUGGUUGGUGAACCAUUUUCAGACUAAGGGAGGGGAGGUUGGUGAACCAUUCUCACACUAAGGGAGGGGUUGUUGGUGAACCAUUCUCAGACUAAGGGAGGGGAGGUUGGUGAACCAUUCUCACCCUAAGGAAGGGGUGCUUGGUGAACCAUUCUCAGACUAAGGAAGGGGUGGUUGGUGAACCAUUCUCAUCCUAAGAAAGGGGAGGUUGGUGAACCAUUCUCAGACUAAGGGAGGGGUGGUUGGUGAACCAUUCUCUGUCUAAGGGAAGGGAGGUUGGUGAACCAUUCUCAGACUAAGGGAGGGGUGGUUGGUGAACCAUUCUCAGACUAAGGGAAGGGAGGUUGGUGAACCAUUCUCACACUAAGGGAAGGGUGGUUGGUGAACCAUUCUCAGACUAAGGGAAGGGUGGUUGGUGAACCAUUCUCACCCUAAGGAAGGGUGGUUGGUGAACCAUUCUCAGACUAAGGGAAGGAUGGUUUGUGAACCAUUCUCACACUAAGGGAGGGUAUUUUGUGAACCAUUCUCAGGCUAAGGGAGGGGAGGUUGGUGAACCAUUCUCAUACUAAGAGAGGCGUGCUUGGUGAACCAUUCUCAUAAUGGUGGGGUGGGUGUUGGCGGGCCAUAAUGGUAGGUUGGGUGUUGGCGGGCCAUAAGGGUGGGGUGGGUGUUGGAACACCUUUUCUAAGUGGCUUCUUUAAAUACCAUGUCCCAUAAUUCCUCCUUUCUUUAAUCCUACAGGUAAAUAUUGAUUUUUAAACUUGACACCUGUGUGCCCCAAUAGAUUCAGUGCAUUCCUUUAAGUUACCCAACCCGUAAUUCUUCAAGAAGCCGUGAUAUCGGGAAGUGCCCUUUAAAGUCUUUUCUUAUCAUAUAUCACAUCCAAAGGUCCUUAAGUGUUAAAACUGCCUGUAUUUUUAAAGCUAAUCAGGUGACGCGUUCUGCCCUACUUAAUCUUCCAUCCACUCUACGAGUUGUGUAGAGUUUAAGUAAAGAUGUGCUCCAGCAUAUGACAUCAAGCAAAGAUGAUCUGGUUCUGUGGAGUUUUUAAAUAAACAGCUGAAGAGUUCUUAAGGAGUCCACAGCAGAUGUUUAAUGUACAAGAAAUGUUUUACUUUGACAGCAAUAUUGCAUGAAGUCCUACUAGCAAUGUUGCAUGCCGACCUGCACUAAUUGAAACAGGAAACUGCACUAACUGUUGUUGCAUGAGCUACAUAAGAAUCUUGUGAAGUGAAAUAAAUAGCACUAGGGACCAAACUGGCCCUCAUGUCAGUCUAUUUAGAUGUGUGUGUUUGUUGUUUUGUGGAACCUGUUAAAUGGAAAAGAUGUACAUGUCCCUGAAACCAUUUUGUAGCUUCCUACAAUUGGCGUAGCUUCCUACACUUGAACUAGCUUCCUAAACUUGGCCUAGCUUCCCACACGUGGCCUAGCUUCCCAAAUUUGGCCAAGCUUCCCACACUUGACCUAGCUUCCCACACUUGGCCUAGCUUCCCACACUUGGUAUAGCUUCCCACACUUGGCCUAGCUUCACAAACUUUGCCUAACUCCCCAAAUUUGGCCAAGCUUCCCACACUUGACCUAGCUUUUUACACUUGGGAUAGCUUCCCACACUUGACAUAGCUUCCCACACUUGGCCUAGCUUCCUACACAUGGCAUAGCUUCCCACACUUGACAUAGCUUCCUACACUUGGCCUAGAUUUAUACACUUGGCCUAGCUUCCCACACUUGGCCUAGCUUCCUACUCUUGGCAAAGCUUCCCACACUUGGCCUACCUUCCUACACUUGGCAUAGCUUCUCACACUUGACAUAGCUUCCCACACUUGGCCUAGCUUUCUACACUUGGCAUAGCUUCCUACACUUGCCAUAGUUUCCUACACUUGGCCUAGCUUCCUACACUUGGUAUAGCUUCCUACACUUGGCAUAUCUUUCCAGACCUUGGCCUAGCUUCCCACACUUGGCCAAGCUUCUUACACUGGCCUUAGUUUCCUACACUUGACAUAGCUUCCUACACUUGGCCUAGCUUCCCACACUUGGCCUAGCUUCCCUACACUUGACAUAGCUUCCUACACUUGGCCUAACUCCCCAAAUUUGGCCAAGCUUCCCACACUUGACCUAGCUUCCUACACUUGGCAUAGCUUCCCACACUUGACAUAGCUUCCCACCCUUGGCAUAGCUUCCUACACUUGGCAUAGCUUCCCACACUUGAUAUAGCUUCAUAUACUUGACAUAGCUUUCUACACUAGGCAUAGCUUCCCACACUUGGCAUAGCUUCCCACACUUGGCCUAGCUUCCUACACUUGGCAUAGCUUCCCGCACUUAGCCUAUAUUCCUUCACUUGGCCUAGCUUCAUAUACUUGACAUAGCUUCCUACACUUGGCCUAGAUUCCUUUACUUGGCCUAGCUUCCCACACUUGGCCAAGCUUUUUACACUUGGCAUAGCUUCCUACACUUGAUAUAGCUUCAUAUACUUGACAUAGCUUUCUACACUAGGCAUAGCUUCCCACACUUGGCAUAGCUUCCCACACUUGGCCUAGCUUCCUACACUUGGCAUAGCUUCCCGCACUUAGCCUAUAUUCCUUCACUUGGCCUAGCUUCAUAUACUUGACUUAGCUUUCUACACUUGGCAUAGCUUCCCACACUUGGCAUAGCUUCCCACACAUGGCCUAGCUUCCUACACUUGGCAUAGCUUCCCACACUUAGCCUAUAUUCCUUCACUUGGCCUAGCUUCCCACACUGGCCAAGCUUCUUACACUGGGCUUAGUUUCCUACACUUGGCCUAGCUUCCUACACUUGACCUAGUUUCCCAUUUGUGGCCUAGCUUCCUACACUUGGCUUAGCUUGCUACACUUGGCAUGGCUUCCCACACUUUGCAUAGCUUCCCACACGUGACAUAGCUUCCCACACUUGGCCUAGUGUCCCACACUUGAUAUAUCUUCCCACACUUGGCCUAGCUUCCCAUACUUUGCCUAGCUUCCUACACUUGCCCUAGCUUCCCACACUUGAACUAGCUUCCCACACUUGGCCUUUCCUUUACCCAUCAUUGUUGAGUUAAUUUUUUGUAACCUACAGUAUUGGGAUGUUUACACUGCAGAAAUUUCCAACCACAAUACAAGCUUUAUUGAUCUAUCUCCUGAUUUUUGUUGAUCUAUUUCUUGAGCUUAGUGGAUCUAUUUCCUUAGCUUUUUUUAUCUAUUUCUUAAGCUUAGUUGAUCUAUUUUUUUUAGCUUUGUUGAUCUAUUUCUUGAGCUUAAUUGAUCUAUUUCUUGAGCUUAUCUGAGCUAUUUCUUGAUUUUAUCUUAAAACCUUUGCCUUGUUUAUGAUAUCCUCUAUAAGUAAUUCAACCCCCAGGAUACAUCAAUGAUUAAUAAUUACAAUUUCAAUUAGGAGAUAACUGUUUCCAUUUAAUUGAGAAUUUCUUUGUCUGCUUCCUGUACAAUACUGCCCUUUUGCCCCUCAGAGUAAUACAAUAGUGCCCUUGUGUCCCUCAGAGUGAUACAAUUCUGCCCUUGUGUCCCUCAGAGUGAUAGAAUACUGACCUUGUGCCCCACAUAUGUAUAGAAUACUGACCUUGUGUCCCACAUAUGUAUAGAAUACUGACAUUGUGCCCCACAUACGUAUAGAAUACUGACCUUGUGCCCCACAUUCAUGGAAUAUUUCCCUUGUUCCCAUUGUUAUAUUGUCUACCAUUGUUACAGAUCCCCAACAAGCCCACCACCAAAGAAGAAGCCAAGGAGACCCCUGUCAAGAAGACUGUGACAGGCACAGAUGCUGAUCUCAGAAGGCUCAAUCUGCAGGAUGCCAAACAGCUGCUGCGCAAAUUUGGUGUGCAUGAAUCAGAGGUAAGUUAAGAUCUGAGAAUUGGAGUCUGAGGUAGGGUAAUACUUGUUAGUAAGGAUCUGAGGUGGGUAAAACUGGAUAGUACGGAUCUGAGGUGGGGUAAGACUUGGUAGUAUGGGUCUGAGUUAAGUUAAGACUUGAUAGCCUGAGGUAGGGUAUGACUUAAUAGUAUGAUUCUGAGGUAGGAUAAGACUUGAUAGUAUGAUUCUGAGGUAGGAUAAGACUUGAUAGUAUGAUUCUGAGGUAGGAUAAGACUUGAUAGUAUGAUUCUGAGGUAGGAUAAGACAGGAAAGUUUGGUGUGCAGACUUUUCUGUGAGUGCUAAUUAUGAGCAGGGUAAUUUAUUUUAAAACUUGGUUUGGAUAAGUUGUUCCUGGAAAUGAACUUACAGAACUUUAACUGUAUGGAAAAAGUAAAAUUAGUUUAAAUUUCAAGGUAAUUUUUUUUUGGUUCUGAUUUUGAGUAAAUUUGCUGAUAGAGAGGGUGUACAUGACUGGUACAAAAUCUCUUAUUAUGAGGCUUGUGUACGAAAUAUAUUAGCUAAGCAAUAAUACACAUUUAUAUUCAUUGUAUAUGCCUGGAAGGCAUCUUUACACUGACAAUGUGUAACUUCUGCCUGGCCCAACACAUUGAGUUUAGAUUUUUUUUUUUUAAUACGCACAUUAAAUUUGUACUUCAAGAAAAAAAAAAUAAUAAUUUCAUCGAACAGAUCAAGAAACUUUCAAGAUGGGAGGUCAUUGAUGUUGUCAGGACUAUGUCCACUGAGCAGGCCAAGCAAGGUCAAGAUACCACUGGUAGGUCCUUCCUUUGAACAUGGACAGCAUGCACCUGGUUUCAAACUUUUUUUUACAUAUAACUUGUACUGGCAGUGAAAAAAGUAGGUUAUUUGACAUAAUGAGUUGUACUGGCAGUGAAAAAAGUAGGUUAUUUGACAUAAUGAGUUGUACUGGCAGUGAAAAAAGUAGGUUAUUUGACAUAAUGAGUUGUACUAGCAGUGAAAUUAAAAAGUAUUUCAUUUAACAGUUGUACUAGUAAAGAACGAUUGUGAAGGAUAAUGACAUUAUAUGUAGUACAUGUUGUGAAACAUUGAGAAUGUCAUGAGACAUUAUGUGUAGUACAUGUUGUGAAACAUUGAGAAUGUCAUUAGGCAUUAUGUAUAGUACAUGUUGUGAAACAUUGAGAAUGUCAUUAGGCAUUAUGCAUUACGUGUAGUACAUGUUACGAAUCAUUGAGAAUGUCAUUAGGCAUUAUGUGUAGUACAUGUUGUGAAACAUUGAGAAUGUCAUUAGACAUUAUGUGUAGUCAUGUAACGAAACAUUGAGAAUGUCAUUAGACAUUAUGUGUCAUACAUGUUGUGAAACAUUGAAAAUGUCAUUAGGCAUUAUGUGUAAUACAUGUUACGAAACAUUGAGAAUGUCAUUAGGCAUUAUGUGUAAUACAUGUUACGAAACAUUGAGAAUGUAAUUAGACAUUAUGCAUUACGUGUAGUACAUGUUACGAAACAUUGAGAAUGUCAUUAGGCAUUAUGUGUAAUACAUGUUACAAAACAUUGAGAAUGUCAUUAGACAUUAUGCAUUACGUGUAGUACAUGUUACGAAACAUUGAGAAAGUUAUUAGGCAUUAUGUGUAAUACAUGUUACGAAACAUUGAGAAUGUCAUUAGACAUUAUGCAUUAUGUGUAGUACAUGUUACGAAACAUUGAGAAUGUCAUUAGGCAUUAUGUGUAGUACAUGUUACGAAGCAUUGACAAUGUCAUUAGACAUUAUGUGUAGUACAUGUUGUGAAACACUGAGUAUGUCUUUAGGCAUUAUGUGUUGUACAUGUUACGAAACAUUGAGUAUGUCUUUAGGCAUUAUGUGUUGUACAUGUUACGAAACAUUGAGAAUGUCAUUAGACAUUAUGUGUAGUACAUGUUGUGAAACAUUGAGAAUGUCAUUAGACAUUAUGUGUAGUACAUGUUAUGAAACACUGAGUAUGUCUUUAGGCAUUAUGUGUUGUACAUGUUACGAAACAUUGAGAAUGUCAUUAGACAUUAUGUGUAGUACAUGUUAUGAAACAUUGAGAAUGUCAUUAGACAUAAUGUGUAGUACAUGUUGUGAAACAUUGAGAAUGUCAUUAGACAUUAUGUGUAGUACAUGUUAUGAAACACUGAGUAUGUCUUUAGGCAUUAUGUGUAGUAAAUGUUAUGGAACAUUGAGAAUGUCAUUAGACACUCUGUUUUGUCUCUGUAAUGAAGGAUAUUUGAUAAGCUCAUAAAUAACAUCCACAAAUUGAGUGUCAUUAGACAUUAUGAAUUGUCCCGGUAAUGUUUGAGAAGCUCAGAAAUAACAUCCACAAAGAAUGGUAAACCUGGGCAUAAACCCAAUGGAACUAAAAUGAUUGACACAUGUAACAUUGUUGGAUCACUUUGUCUUCAGGUUGGGUAAAGUUUGCUCGUGGAAACCGUUACUCUGCUGCCGAGCACAUGGAAAGGUACAAGGAGGAGUGCCAAAGAAUAUUUGAUCUGCAGAAUAGGCAAGUUCCUUUCGCCUCAUUUGUCAACAUCUCACAAAAGAAAUGUGCUCAAGGGUCGAUUGAUUUUUUUUAUCAUUGAACAAUUGACUUAGGAAGUUGUCAGUUGCCACCUGCCCCUCUGGUGUCAACGUCUGAGAUAAAAUUAUACUUCAUUUAAGGGGGUCUCACAGGCUGCAAAGUAAUUUCUUUAAUUACCAGAAUUAAUUCACAUUUUUAUGUUUGUUGUACUCACUUGGGUUUCAAUAGCUGAAAAAUCGAAAGAAAUUUUUAAAAAAAUAAUUUUUUGUUAAAUUAUUUUAUGAUUAUGUAAUAUUUUAAUAAUAUUUUAGAAUCAACAUAACUAACAAACAAUUGAAGUUACAAUGAUGAAACUUGGUACAGAUUAUCUUUAUGAUGUUAUUGAUGACUCCAAGAGAGCAUUUUCAUGAAAAAAAAAAACUUUUUAAAAUGCCUUUGAUCCUUGGGGGUCAUAAAAAAUAAUGGCAUAAUUACAUCGAGUUUAAUUUUAUUAUAUUUUUUAAAAAUCAACCAGACAAGAUACAAUAAAAUGCUCUCAUGAACACAUAGUAAAUAGUAUUAGUUACAUCUGUGCGAAAUUUCAACUCUUAAUCUCUAAAGACAAAAAAACGACACCGUGCACGGUGUUGCACAAAUACAAAAACAAAGAAUGGAGAAAAACAAUGAAAACAACUUUGAAUCAAGAUAUCAUUCAAAUACUUUAUUAUAAGCUUUUCAAACCUUCUAUUUUAAUCAUAGCAAACCUAUGUUAAAAAAUGAAGUUGCAAAUGAGUGCAAAAUGCAAACAUUUACAUUUUUUACUGAUUAUUAUACAGAAUGAUAUCCAAAAAAAAAAAAAUCUAGCCUUAUAUUGGUUAUACCCAGUGUAUGUAUAAAUAUAUAUAUAUAUAUUAUAUUUUUAACUAUGCCUUUUUUUAUCAGUUUGUAAAACAAAGAAAGAAUAUUGUAAAUUAUCUGGAUUUUGGAAACCCUGAACAUUUUAACAAAUUUAUUUCUUACCAGCAAUUUGAUCUAUCAAAUGCAAUACCUAGUGAUUUUAAAAUGUCUGUUUCUCCAUUGAUCAAUGCUGUAUUGAAAGAGCAUGUGAUAACUUCUAUUUAUAACUUUUUAUGGACGAUCCAUUUUAACCAGUUUCUGUGACCUUUAAAUCCACACAGGGUGUUGGCUUCCACAGAAACCUUAUCAACAGAUGAGGAGUCGACAUCCGGUGAAGACUCCGACUUCGAAGAGAUGGGCAAAAACAUUGAGAGCAUGUUGUCCAACAAGAAAACCAGCACGCAGGUACCAGAAUGUGGAUUGCUGUCUUAUGUUGUGUGGUACUAGAAUGUGGAUUGCUGUCUUAUGUUGUGUGGUACUAGAAUGUGGAUUGUUGUCUUAUGUUGUGUGGUACUAGAAUGUGGAUUGUUGUCGCAUGUUGUGUGGUACUAGAAUGGGGAUUGCUGUCUUAUGUUGUGUGGUACUAGAAUGUGGAUUGUUGUCUUAUGUUGUGUGGUACUAGAAUGUGGAUUGCUGUCUUAUGUUGUGUGGUACUAGAAUGUGGAUUGUUAUCUUAUGUUGUGUGGUACUAGAAUGUGGAUAUUUGUCUUAUGUUGUGUGGUACUAGAAUGUGGAUUAUUGUCUUAUGUUGUGUGGUACUAGAAUGUGGAUUGUUGUCUUACGUUGUGUGGUACUAGAAUGUGGAUUGUUCUCUUACGUUGUGUAGUACCGGAAUGUGUAUUGUUGUCUUAUGUUGUGUGGUACUAGAAUGUGGGUUGUUGUCUUAUGUUGUGUGGUACUAGAAUGUGGAUUGUUGUCUUACGUUGUGUGGUACUAGAAUGUGGAUUGUUCUCUUACGUUGUGUAGUACCGGAAUGUGUAUUGUUGUCUUAUGUUGUGUGGUACUAGAAUGUGUGUUGUUGACUUAUGUUGUGUGGUACUAGAAUGUGGAUUGUUCUCUUACGUUGUGUAGUACCGGAAUGUGUAUUGUUGUCUUAUGUUGUGUGGUACUAGAAUGUGGAUUGUUGUCGCAUGUUGUGUGGUACUAGAAUGGGGAUUGCUGUCUUAUGUUGUGUGGUACUAUAAUGUGGAUUGUUGUCUUAUGUUGUGUGGUACUAGAAUGUGGAUUGCUGUCUUAUGUUGUGUGGUACUAGAAUGUGGAUUGUUAUCUUAUGUUGUGUGGUACUAGAAUGUGGAUAUUUGUCUUAUGUUGUGUGGUACUAGAAUGUGGAUUGUUGUCUUAUGUUGUGUGGUACUAGAAUGUGGAUUGUUGUCUUAUGUUGUGUGGUACCAGAAUGUGGAUUGCUGUCUUAUGUUGUGUGGUACUAGAAUGUGGAUUGUUGUCUUAUGUUGUGUGGUACUAGAAUGUGGAUUGUUGUCUUACGUUGUGUGGUACUAGAAUGUGGAUUGUUCUCUUACGUUGUGUAGUACCGGAAUGUGUAUUGUUGUCUUAUGUUGUGUGGUACUAGAAUGUGGGUUGUUGACUUAUGUUGUGUGGUACUAGAAUGUGGAUUGUUGUCUUAUGUUGUGUGGUACCAGAAUGUGGAUUGCUGUCUUAUGUUGUGUGGUACUAGAAUGUGGAUUGUUGACUUAUGUUGUGUGGUACUAGAAUGUGGAUAUUUGUCUUAUGUUGUGUGGUACCAGAAUGUGGAUUGCUGUCUUAUGUUGUGUGGUACUAGAAUGUGGAUUGUUGACUUAUGUUGUGUGGUACUAGAAUGUGGAUUGUUGUCUUAUGUUGUGUGGUACUAGAAUGUGGAUAUUUAUCUUAUGUUGUGUGGUACCAGAAUGUGGAUUGCUGUCUUAUGUUGUGUGGUACUAGAAUGUGGAUUGUUGACUUAUGUUGUGUGGUACUAGAAUGUGGAUUGUUGUCUUAUGUUGUGUGGUACCAGAAUGUGGAUUUUUGUCUUAUGUUGUGUGGUACUAGAAUGUGGAUUGUUGUCUUAUGUUGUGUGGUACCAGAAUGUGGAUUGCUGUCUUAUGUUGUGUGGUACUAGAAUGUGGAUAUUUGUCUUAUGUUGUGUGGUACCAGAAUGUGGAUAUUUGUCUUAUGUUGUGUGGUACUAGAAUGUGGAUUGUUGACUUAUGUUGUGUGGUACUAGAAUGUGGAUUGUUGACUUAUGUUGUGUGGUACUAGAAUGUGGAUUGCAGUCUUAUGUUGUGUGGUACUAGAAUGUGGAUAUUUGUCUUAUGUUGUGUGGUACCAGAAUGUGGAUUGCUGUCUGAUGUUGUGCUGUAAUUACACAAGGGCAAACACAAGUCUUGGUUUUAAAAAUUAGUUCUUCUAAUAUAAAUGUUUUACAAUAAACCUUGAUUGUUACUUCAUAGUUCGUUCCCCUUUGACCUCACUUUAACCAUUGAUAACUAUAGCUUGUUGUUACUUCAUAGUUCCCCUUUGACUACACUUUAACCAUUGAUAACUACAGCUUGCUGUUACUUCAUAGUUCCCCUUUGACUACGCUUUAACCAUUGAUAACUUCAGCUUGUUGUUACUUCAUAGUUCCCCUUUCACUACACUUUAACCAUUGAUAACUACAGCUUGUUGUUACUUCAUAGUUCCCCUUUCACUACACUUUAACCAUUGAUAACUACAGCUUGUUGUUACUUCAUAGUUCCCCUUUGACUACACUUUAACCAUUGAUAACUACAGCUUGUUGUUACUUCAUAGUUUCCAUUUGACUACACUUUAACCAUUGAUAACUACAGCUUGUUGUUACUUCAUAGUUCCCAUUUGACUACACUUUAACCAUUGAUAACUACAGCUUGUUGUUACUUCAUAGUUUCCAUUUGACUACACUUCAACCAUUGAUAACUACAGCAUGUUAAAAUCUGCACAGUGUUUUAAACCUGUUUAUAAAUGUUUAGUUCAAUCAGUACAAGCUCCAAGAAUGGAAAAUGAUAUAGAUGUACAAGGUUCAGUUCGAAAGAUCACACAUAUAUAUUUGAAAGCUUGCAUUCAAUUUGGUCAGCCAAGAAAUAUAUCUAAUACAGUAAAGCUUACUGUUAUUCUAGAAAUGUCUUUCAAACUGCAAGUUAUGCCAGUAAGAAUUGUUGAAUGACAAAUAAAGCAUUAAAACUAAAUCAAAUGGGAGAUACAGCAACAAGCUUUCAGCUACUGAGAUCUCAUAAGGAAGAAGGGAUUUCUUAAGAAGCAUCACACCACAGAGUCUGGCAAUGGCAGUUGUUUUGUGCCAUUCUGAGCUAAACCCAUGCACUGGAUAGAUGCCACCAGAGGGCCCAGAAGACUUAAAGGAAGCCAUUUCUAAUGAACUUGUAGAAAUGCUUGAGGUGACUUACAGAAACAUGUGGCAACAUUUGUGUCCAGUGCACCAUACCUAUGUUGGAGAAUUGAUGGAUAUUUAAUGUUAGCUAAAUCAUUUGUGUUUCUGCCCCGGUUAGCUUUGACUGUGAUGUUUAAAUUAUGUCAUGCACCUGUAUGCUAUGACUGUGAUGUUUAAAUUAUGUCAUGCACUUGUAUGCUAUGACUGUGAUGUUUAAAUUAUGUCAUGCACCUGUAUGCUAUGACUGUGAUGUUUAAAUUAUGUCAUGCACCUGUAUGCUUUGACUGUGAUGUUUAAAUUAUGUCAUGCACCUGUAUGCUAUGACUGUGAUGUUUAAAUUAUGUCAUGCACCUGUAUGCUUUGACUGUGAUGUUUAAAUUAUGUCAUGCACCUGUAUGCUAUGACUGUGAUGUUUAAAUUAUGUCAUGCACCUAUAUGCUUUGACUGUGAUGUUUAAAUUAUGUCAUGCACCUGUAUGCUAUGACUGUGAUGUUUAAAUUAUGUCAUGCACCUGUAUGCUAUGACUGUGAUGUUUAAAUUAUGUCAUACACCUGUAUGCUUUGACUGUGAUGUUUAAGUUAUGUCAUGCACCUGUAUGCUAUGACUUUGAUGUUUGCUUACCAUGUUUUGUUCUCCCAGCUGUCAAGAGAAAAGGAAGAGGCUGAGAGAAGGGAGUUGCAGAGGAUGCUGAAGGGAGAACUUGAUAACAAAGACAAGAAAAAGUCUGGGGGCAACAUGAGUAAAGAGGAGGAGCUCAUGGUGAGACAAAUUUCUAGAAUUAAUCUCUCCCGGCCCCCAUGUACACUAUAUUAUUAUCUGGCUUCACAUCUAUUAAUAUCCACUGAGGUUAGCCAAUAGUAAUAUGUUUAGACCUAUUGCCCAUAGAAAUGGGUGUAGAACAAAAGCAUGAAAACUAAUCUUAUAAAUAUUUACCAAGACUUUCUUCAGAAUCGCAAAGGCUGAAAUCAAUAAUUUACAUAAAAGAAAGAAACGCUAUCAUGGUGAGCAAAAAAUAUGCAUUGUCUCAAGAAAAUAUGUUUGAGAAAUUCAGUGGUUUGUGCUUCAAUCACCUUACUUAUCCCUCAUGAAGCACCACAGAGGCAGAAAGUUGAAGAUUGUAAGAACCUUCCACGAUGACACCGGUCGUCAGUACCAGCGGUCAGAAAUGGUCACCAAUCCUGUAGUCAUUGAUGCCUACCUGAGAAUAAGACAAACCAGGGACCCUAACUUCAUGUAAGACAUUUUAGCUUCUUGUCAUGAACAAUAACACACAACCUCAUCGAGCAUCUAUUGUAAGACAUUUUAGCUUCUUGUCAUGAACAAUAACACACAACCGCAUCGAGCAUCUAUUGUAAGACAUUUUAGCUUCUUGUCAUGAACAAUAACACACAACCGCAUCGAGCAUCUAUUGUAAGACAUUUUAGCUUCUUGUCAUGAACAAUAACACACAACCUCAUCGAGCAUCUAUUGUAAGACAUUUUAGCUUCUUGUCAUGAACAAUAACACACAACCUCAUCGAGCAUCUAUUGUUCCAGUAUUUUAAUAUCACAUGCACUGUUUUUAACAUCUGUUUUUGUAUUAUUGUAUAAUUACACGUACUGUCACAGCACAAUGUUUUCACCUCUACGGUUGUAACCCUUGCAGUAAACAGUUUGCUGCCAUGGACGACCAACAGAAGGAGGAGAUGAGGAAAGAGAGGAGAAGACUCCAGGAACAGCUGAGGAGGAUCAAGAGGAACCAGGAGAAGCCAACGUCCACUCCCCCUCCCAAGAAGAAGCCCAAAAAAGAGAAGGAGCAGCUGAUUAAGGCAUCCAAGGUGAGGCGGGAUUAAGCUUCUUAUUCUUAUUUAUUUGGAAUAAAUGUAUCCCUAUGAAAUGAUUUGGCCAGAUACAGGGUGUUCAAAUGUUGGGAUUAUGAUUUUAAGACGUGUUUAGUUAAAAGUAUGAUUGUAUAUGUGGCUCAUUUACAUUUGUGGUGGAGUGGUGUAUUUAAAGAGAGAUCUAAAUGUAGCUUAUGUGAAGAGGGAUGUCUUACUGUUGGUGUAAAGAGGGAUAUGUCAUUGUUGGUGUAAAGAGGGAUAUGUUAUUGUUGGUGUAAAGAGGGAUAUGUUAUUGUUGGUGUAAAGAGGAAUAUGUUACUGUUGGUGUCUAGAGAGAUAUGUUAUUGUUGGUGAAAAGAGGGAUAUUUUACUGUUGGUGUCUAGUGAGAUAUGUUAUUGUUGGUGUAAAGAGGGAUAUGUUACUGUUGCUGUAAAGAGGGAUAUGUUGUUUUCUGGAGUACUUAAGAUCUGUUCAAUAUUUUGUUUAUGUCUGCUGUGAAGAGAUAUUUCUAGACUGUUGUUAACUGUACCCUUAGAUGAAGUGUGGAGCCUGUGGACAGAUAGGCCACAUGAGAACCAAUAAGGAGUGCCCCAUGUACAACAGCAGGUCAGGGGGUGCGGGCUCCCUCCAGGUGGCUAUGACAGAGGAGCAGGAAGAGGAGGAGGAGAAGAACGUCCCAGUCGACCAGGAUCUGAUCAACGUGGAGGGCACCAAGAUCAUCAUGUCCAAGACACUCCUAGAACAGUAGGUCUUUUUGGUCAUUCCUUCUUUCCUACAGCAGUAAUUCUUGUUGGUCAUUUCUUAUUUCCUAGAGCAGUAACUCUUUUUGGUCAUUCCUUUUUUUUUAAAGCAGUAAGUCUUGUUGGUCAUUCCUUCUAUCCUAGAGCAGUAAGACUUGUUUGUCAUAUUUCAGUCCUUGCUCUUUCAAUGCGGAACAACGCACACUGCGUUCAUCCGCCAUUUUCAAUAGCACGGACCAUGUUUGUUUUUUUGCUAUUUCUCGGUUAAACUUUUUAAGAGCUAUUUUUAAAUAAGACUUUUAUAUAGAAGAGUGGUACUUCAUUGUUUAUAAGAGAAAUCAGGGUUUAUUUGUUGUCAUUUGAAGCAUAAUUUUAAUGAUUUUCUUCGCUUUUUUUUCUUCUGUUGCUAUGGCUGCUCUAGCCCUAGCAGUUGAGUAAGUUUCCUAGACGAUUAACAGCAGACCUGUUUACUCUAACGAAUUUGGCAUACAAUGUACGAUUUUGAGGUGUAUACAUUAUAUAUACUUUAUGUUUAUUUUGUUACUUUAAAGAUAUGUAUUUAACGAUUUUGUGAUGAUAUUGUACGAUUUUAAGAGUUUGAGGGUAAACAGGUCUGUAACAGCUCAAAAAGCUUUGGAAUUGUUUUAUACUAUUUCUUUUGAUAGUGAAGAUGAUUUAUAUUUAGAUCCAUUGCAGGAUUCUGAUAGUAGAAUUUUUAUAGGAUUUGAGUUAUAGAAGUGUAGAUGAGGUAUACGUACAUCAUAGGGUUUGGGGAAAAAAUGGUUCAGCAUAAAAUGUUUUCCAAAUUUAUGGUUCUUUUCUGUAACUUAUUUUAUUUAAACUGAAGAAAUAAGUUUACAAACAUAUAGUCCUUUCAAUUACCUUUCAUUUGACACCAAGUUUAGUCUUAUAAACUAAAGAAUAAUAUUUUAAAUAUUUUUUAAUAAACCUAACCUCUCUCUCUUUUUCGCUCUAUGAAAAAAAUUUACAUUUUUUCUAUUAAAAAAUUCUGCAGCCAAAGAGCUAGAUCAGUAAGUCUUGUUGGUCAUUACUUCUGUCAUAGAUCAGUAAGUCUUGUUGGUCAUUACUUCUGUCAUAGAUCAGUAAGUCUUGUUGGUCAUUACUUCUGUCCUAGAGCAGUAAGUCUUGUUGGUCAUUACUUCUGUCCAAGAGCAGUAAGUCUUGUUGGUCAUUACUUCUGUCAUAGAUCAGUAAGUCUUGUUGGUCAUUACUUCUGUCCAAGAGCAGUAAGUCUUGUUGGUCAUUACUUCUGUCCUAGAGCAGUAAGUCUUGUUGGUCAUUACUUCUGUCCUAGAUCAGUAAGUCUUGUUGGUCAUUACUUCUGUCCUAGAGCAGUAAGUCUUGUUGGUCAUUACUUCUGUCCUAGAUCAGUCAGUCUUGUUGGUCAUUACUUCUGUCCUAGAUCAGUAAGUCUUGUUGGUCAUUACUUCUGUCCUAGAUCAGUAAGUCUUGUUGGUCAUUACUUCUGUCCUAGAUCAGUAAGUCUUGUUGGUCAUUACUUCUGUCCUAGAGCAGUAAGUCUUGUUGGUCAUUACUUCUGUCCUAGAUCAGUAAGUCUUGUUGGUCAUUACUUCUGUCCUAGAGCAGUAAGUCUUGUUGGUCAUUACUUCUGUCCUAGAUCAGUAAGUCUUGUUGGUCAUUACUUCUGUCCUAAUUCAGUAAUUCUUGUUGGUAAUUACUUCUGUCCUAGAUCAGUAAGUCUUGUUGGUCAUUACUUCUGUCCAAGAGCAGUAAGACUUGUUGGUCAUUCCUUCUGUCCUAGAGCAGUAAGACUUGUUGUUAUUCACCUGUUCUGUUUUAUACAUAGCUAAAUUAUUUUGUGCUUUGUUUAACUAUUAAUUUUGUCAUAUCAUUAAGUGAGUUAGAUACCAGUGACUUGUUUUUAAACAAUCAAAGGUAUCUGCCUGAUCCAGGUAUUUUGUAUUCAAUGUUAAUACUUAAUUUCCAAAUUAAAAUUACUUGAUUUUUUAAACAAAAGCAAAAUCAUUAAUGCAUCUGUAAAAAAAUGUACAACUCAAUUGAUGAAAACGAGAUUGAAGAUGUUGCUUUGACUUGACUAACGUAGCAUGCACCAAUUUCAGUGCUGAGAGUAUCCGACGUAAAUCUUUGGUGUUGAAAGUUCCAAAGCAGGCAGUGGAAACCAAGAAGAAGAGAAGGGUCAGCAACAUAGUGCAUUGUGACUACCUCAAGGUAAUUAACUCAUUAGCUCAAGGGAGAUAACUUAGUACUCCCAGGUAGCAGAGGCACAGGCAAACUAAAGCACUCUCCAAUUGCUAAUACUUAUAGUACAUAAAACUAAAAUAAAAGUCCCCAAAGCAGCUGUGCUCUCUACGCUACCCCACACGCUACCCCACACGCUACCCCACACGUGUCAAACAAAAACUUACCAACAUUAAGUUUUAUGGCCUCACUAAAACCUGCACACUUGGUAAGAUUUGGCAAAGUGGUGAGCUUCGUGGCGUUCCUCUUUGCACAAAUGCUCCAAUCAAAAUGAACCCAACAAAACAGCAGUUACUGAGCAAAAAGACAAGCCAGCAAAGCCCAGGUUAACUCUGCACCUGGAGAUAUCCCAUCCAUUCCUUGCACAUAAAGCACAAGAACAUUUUGUGACAGAAUCAGUCUCAUCAGCCAUCUAUGCACCCAUAGGGAGAAUCAACCAGCAUGAAUCUUGAUUGAUUUCAAUGGAAAAACUAACACUUAUAUGUACAGCAUCCAUAUGUACUACAAAUUUUGUUCAAGCAGUUAAGCUCCCUGUAUGAACUGUUUGAAACUUGAUUUAACUGUUCAUCAUCACAGUUACUUACAUACAACUAGAGCUAUAGUCAUAUUUGCUAGUCCUUAGUAUAUUGUUUCUUUCAAUUAUUCAUUGGAUGUCUUAAGUACAAUAUAUGAUAGUCAUAUUUGCUAGUGCUAGUUAUAUUAUAUGAUAGUCAUAUUUGCUAGUCUUAAGUAUAUUAUAUGAUAGUUUGCCUGUGAAACGUGGACGGUCUACAAACGCCAUGCAAGAAUGCUGAACUACUAUUAUAUGAUAGUCAUGUUUUCUUGUCGUAUGUAUAUUAUUUUUCUUUCAAUUAUUGAUUUGAAUUUAUUUCUUUGUACAAGCUAUAUUUAUUCCUUUUAAAAAAAUAUUUUCCAUCAGAAACCAAAACAGUCUUCCAACCGUAGACGUACUGACCCUCUUGUCACUCUCUCAUCUAUAUUCGAGACUAUUCUGAAUGAAUUACGAAGCAUGCCUGAUGUAUGUAUUUAAUUCAUGAAAAUAUUUUUUAUAAUUAAUUUUAGUAUAAAUUAAAUAUUUGUAAAAAAAGGAAAAAAUUAAGCUAAUUUGAAAGAUUUUAAAAACAUUUGUAAUUAAUUUUUUAAAAUUUUUUAUUUAGAUAAAUAAUACAAUUAAAAGUAUUGUGCUGAUAAUAGCAAUUUAAAAUUGUGUAAUUAAUUGUAUAGAGAAUCAUGAGCUAAAAAUCUCCACACUUAAAAAAAACCCACCUUUAUUAAUCCUCAUCACAAAAUUAUUCUACCAACCACACUUUGAAUAUUAGGCACUACUAUUUUUGUGUGUCCUUUCAUUUCAUUCUAAUGUAUUGGAUAAUGUUGCUUUAAACAAAAUUUCAAUUUUCAGAUUCAGCUGUUUCUGUUUCCUGUCAACCAGAAGGAAGUCCCCGACUACUACCGUAUCAUCAAACGUCCAAUGGACAUGCAAACCAUGCGUGAGGUUAGGGAAACUUGGUUUCUGUUUACUUCUCACUUAGGCUGGACAUCAAAAGUUCAUCAAUGCUAAAUUAAAAGUAAAUUGUACUCGGACAAUCACUUUGAGAAUAUUUUUAACUUGAAUAAUAUUAUGACUUUAAAUUUUGGCAAAAAUACAUAAAUUGUUAUUAGUAAGAUGCAAGAUUUAAAUAUUUAGUUUCUCUUUGCAGAAUGUGCGUCAGAAAAGGUACAGAUCAAGAGAAGACUUUCUGACUGAUCUCAAUCAAAUCAUAGAGAACAGCAAACUAUACAAUGGUGAGUGGGUUCAGGUGACAUUAGUUACUGGGGGUUGAAUUAUAGUUAUAUGGAAUGUUUUAUCUUAUUUUUGUAUGUGAAACUAUUAUCAUCUAUGGCCCCACUAGAGGAUCCAGAAAAUGUAGCAAUGUCCUCAUAAGUGGUCAAUUCAGGGGAGACACAUCUGGUUGGUUUUAGAAUUUGAUGAGGGCAUGAUUCAUCUAUUAAGAUACAUUAUAUUUUUAACCAAUUUUUUUUUCUUUCAUUGAUAUAAAUGAAUGAUGUGAUAAAUUAAACAUUUCUUAAAAUGAGAUUAAUGAGUAAAUGAAUGAAAAAGGACAAAGGAACUUGUGUCUGAGUUGUCACUAUCCAGACCCCAGAAACUCUGCCCAUUGAACCAGCAUGUGUCAUCAUCAUUGAUAUCAUGCACGAGUUAGAGGUAAACAUUUAUGUAAUAAUUUUUUAUUUUUUUUUACAUUUUAAGGUGGCCAGCAUUUGUUGACCUUAAAUGCCCAGUCCAUGUUGACCCUUUGUUUCCAGAGGUUUGCUGAGGUGAGACACUUGAAUACACAUGGCCUUAAUUACUGGAAUGUGUUUUGUUAUGAUCACUAGAAGCUUCCUUCAGCAAAAACAAUUUGGAAUAAAUUUUGAGCAAACUCUUAACAAAAUUGAAAUAUUUGGCAUUGGACUGGGGAACCCACAGUGAGAUGAUAAGUUACUAUCUGUAAAUCCAUAUGAGUAGAAAACUUCUUAAUUAUUAUGAAGUAUUGGACCAUCAAAAUACAAUCUUAAUAUUUUUUUUAGUUUUGACAAAAUGCCUUGUCAUAUUUCUGUCAUGACAAAAAAAAUUAUUUUCUGAUGCAAGUAUCUUAUAUGUGGUUGGUGAGAGCAUAUUAUGUCUUCUUAAGUUCGUGUACAUAGAUAAUUUUAUGGGACCUAAAUGUCUCAUACAAAAUUUCUAAAUUUUAAAAUUUUAAGUUUGUUAUUGUUUUUAAUAAUAAACUUCAUUGCUAAUCCACUCUUGUUUUAAUAUAAUGCUGAAAUAAGUAAAAUAUAUUAAAAAAUGAUGUUGACAUUUUAAUAUGGUUUCUCUUUUGUACUUGUGCUUAUUUUUCAUUUUUGUUUUAAUGUUUCAGAAAGAGCAAAAAUUGAUGAGGCUGGAGAAGGCCAUCAAUCCACUGCUGGAUGACAACGACCAGGUGGCGCUGUCCUACAUCUUUGAGAAAAUCAUCCACUCCAUGAAGGCUUUGGAGACUGUGAGUUUUACAGAAAUCUUAACUUUUGUUGCAAUAAUUUCAUAUAGAUGAAUUUUAAACUUGUCAAACUCACAUGCUAUAAGUUAAUUUAGAAGACAUUUAUUUAAACUUAUCAAACUUAUAUGCAAUAAUUUCAUUUAGAAGACAUUUAAACUUGUCAAACUUACAUGCAAUAUGUUCAUAUAGGAGACGCUUAAAGUUACCAAAAUGACUUGCAAAACAUUAUUUCUUUUUUUCUUUCAACAAAUAUUAUAAUAUAAUUAUUGUUUAUAUUUCUUAAAUAUUUAAUUAAUUUUCUUUGUUAAUAAUGCACUUUGUGCAUUAAAAUUGGAUCUUCAUCCACAAAAUGUACAUUUAGAAUCUUCUGUAUUUGCUAAUUAAUACAUCAUGUAGUGAAAGAAUUGAAGAAUUAUCUAAAUAAUGCAUUUAGAAUUUCUUAGCUUUUUUAAAUUCUAGGAAAUACUUAUGGAUGAAAUAAUAUUGAGGAACUAAAAAUUAUAUUUGGGUCAAAAAGUGCUUUGUAAUGCCGCCUCUGUUAUUAAUUAUAUUUGUCUGUUCAACAGUCAUGGCCCUUUCAACAGCCAGUCAACAGGAAGACUGUCAAAGAUUAUUACAAUGUUGUCAAACGACCCAUGGACCUUGCAACAUUACUCAAGGUACUUGUCUAUGUACAUACAAGAGUGUAAUUCCUAGGACUCGGUGAAUAAAAUAAGCUAAACAAUCCAUUUCAUGUCAUUUUUAGUCUUAUAAUUUCUCUUGCUGUAGCCCUAACAUCAGUAGUCAUACCAGAGAUUAGGCACAAAGGUCCAAACGUAAGUAGUCAUACCAGACAUAGGUGCAAAUGUCAUUAGUCAUACCAGAUACUAGGUACAAAUUUCCUAAAUAUAAGUAAUCAUACCAGACAUUAGGUACAAAUGUCCUAAUGUCAUUAGUCAUACCAGAUACUUGGUACAAAUGUCCUAAAUAAAAGUAAUCAUACCAGACAUGAGGUACAAAUUGUCAUAAUUUUUUUGUUUGUAUGCUGUUGCUUUUUGGGUCAAAAAUAUGUAAAAAUAAUAAUAAAAUUAAUCUCUCUAAAAACGUGUAUAUCUUGCUCUGAAUAUAAUCAGCUAUAAUUUGUGCUAAUUUAAUGACAUACAAUUUAUAGCAUAAAACUUGCUUCCCUAUGGCAUCAGUAAAUAUUUUGCUAACAAAUACUUGCAUAAUUUAUUCACUUGAUUUCAUUAACAUAAGGUAGACAAUGCUGAAAAGGCUUAUGUUUAAAUUGGUAGGAUUGAGUGGAAAAUUUCUCACCAUUUUGUAUACAGCUAAAUGUGUAUAUUUUAUCGGAAAAAAAUUAAGAUUCUGCAAAAAAUUAUUAUUCACUAAAGAAUUUUUAUCUUUAAUGGAUUGCAAUGUAUGUGGUUACUCAUAUGUCAGUAUCAAAAAGUCAUACGAUGAGAGCUGUAGACAGGACUCACAGCCAGUAAGUAAUUCAAUACCUUGUGUUAUAUUGUUUGUCUCCAGAAUGUCCAGUCCCACAAGUACCAUAGCAAAGACCAGUUUGUGGAGGAUGCUGAACUCCUGUACACCAACAGUCUCCAGUACAAUGGUCCAGAACAUGCGUACACCAGCACAGCCAGGAAACUCAUGGAGAUCUUGAAAGAUGAACUCAAUGAGGUCAGUCAGUUGAACUUUACAACAGUUUACAGCACAGGGUGUGUUACUGGGUGCAUCUGUGACUUUACAAUGUGUUACUUAGCAUAUCCAUGUUUCAAUUCAGCUGCAUUAAACAUGCACAGACGUUGAUGUUAACAAAACAGACAGAUUUUAUGAAUGUUAUAUGAGUGGCCAUAUUUUUUCAAUUGAAAUCAUUGAUGAUAUAAAAGUGGUCAUAUUUAGUCAUUUGAAAUCCUCGGGUUGCAAUUUUUCAUUCAGAAAUAACCAUUUAACUAUUUUUUGGUUUAAUGAUUGAGUCCAUUGUCUGAUUUCUUGUUGCUAGAAAGAUGAACACAUUCUGCAGCUAGAAGCUGAUAUUAGAGCUGCACAGGAAGCUGCGCUUGAUGCAGCGGACACGGACAGCAUGACAGGAACCUCAAUUAACAGGGAUGACAACAGCAUGCUAGGUAAGUUAAUUGGUGCAGUAGGCUUUUAGGGGUGAUGAUGGUGGGGGGAGUUGUUGUCAUGUUGAAAGUGGUUGUGGGGGGGGGGGGGGGGUGGUGUUAAAUGAAACAUUAUAUAGAACCCCAAAAAAUGUUCUCCAGGAACCAGUUGAGCUGAACUUAAAGAGAUCAACAUGACAAAUUAAAUCCUCUUAAUUUAAAAAUUAAAUCCUCUUUAAAAAUUUAAAUCCUCUUAAAUUUAGUAUAAUUCCCAUGUAAAUACACCAAGCAUUGUUUAUGAUGCUAAUGUACUAAACCAAGCAUUGUGUUGAAUGCAUAAGUAAAUACACCAAGCAUUGUUAACACAAUGCCUAAGUAAAUACACCAAGUAAGCAUGUUUUUGUUACAAGAUAAAUGUAAUCAGUUGUCAAGCAUUUAAUUAGAUCUGUUAAUUGUUUGCUGCAAUUUAAAUUUGAGAAUUAACAGCUUUGUAAAUUUUUUUUUUUUUAGAAUUCCAUUAAAUUUCUAGUCAAAGUAAUUCAAAGUUGUUUAUAUAACUGGUUAUUAUUUUUUAAGCGUGCAGCAGUUUCUUUUUGCCACCCAUGCUCAUGAGCUGCUUGGUACAUAGCACGGAUAUUGCUAAUAUAAAAGCAGUAUUGAGGUGCUGUAAUAACUGAAAAAUACACCUUCAUAUUCAGGGUGUGUCUAGCUCAAAUAUGUUGUUGUGCUGCAAGGUGUUCAAAGGCAAUAUUUGUUUUGUCCUCAGAUACUGAAAGUCUUGAUGGGUUCAGUGUGGGCACCAAGGAACACAUGACCAUAGCAGAGGACGACACCAACUCAGCCAUGAGGACAUUCAGUGAGCAUGGAGAGUAUUCUAAAGUAAGUUUGUACACAGCAGAGCAAUGGAAUGGUGGGGGAAAUAUUUAUUAACUUUUAAUAAAUAGUUGUAUUUGUUUAGUUGAUUUUUAAAAAAUUUUUUUAAUAACAAAAGAUAUAUAAAGAAAUUUUUGUUUAGAUAGGAAGUCAUUGCAUUUCAUUCAAACUAUAACAGUGAACUAAUACUUGGGAUUAUGUUUGUAUUCUACUUGUUUCAACUUCUCAGGCCGGCCAUCAUGUGUCAGAUUCUGAGUUUGUUGACAUUGAAGGGGACGAAGAAUCUGGACAAAGGAACCAGGUAUGUUUACUAAGGAGACUAGUUGGGUAAUGAGUACUAGGGGAGACUGGUUGGAUGAUGUGUACUAUGGAGACUGGUUGGAUAAUGUGUACUAGGGAGACUGGUUGGAUGCUGUGUACUAGGGAGACUGGUUGGAUGAUGUGUGUUAGGGAGACCAUUUUGCCAAUGCUCGUUGGCUGGAUCACAAAUUUACUGUAAAAUGAAAAUUGAAAUAAAUUUUAACAGUGUUUGCGAUGUCAUUGCUUCUUUCAUGUUUGAUGAUUUAUUUUCAGCGAGGAAGGUAUGUUGAUGAAGGUGAAGAUGAUGACCUUGCCAAGGACCUUCAUCUUUCAGAUGGUGAGGAAGAAGAGGAGGAGGAUGAGGAUGAUGACACCAGCUUGGGUAAGAACUUAAACUAAGGAAACUGAUACACUUAGGUAAAUAUAUAGAGUCCAGUGUGAACACUUAGGUGAACAUACAGAGUCCAGUGUGAACACUUAGGUGAACAUACAGAGUCCAGUGUGAACACUUAGGUGAACAUACAGAGUCCAGUGUGAACAUGUAAGCUUGGGUAAACAUUUACGUUAAUAAACACAUACACUUGGGUACAGGUAGAUUUGUUUAAACAUGUACACUUGGGUAAAUAUGUACACUUGGCUGGAUACGUACACUUAAAUAAGCACCUAAAUUUAGAUUAACAUCCACACUUUUAUCUUUUUAAAUCUAUGAUAUAUUUAUUGCAUUGCUGAUUGUCCAUGACGCUGUGCCAGGAACUUUUAUACAGAGGAUAUUUGAUCUUUACGUGUUUAUUGAUAGUUAUUACAAGUCAAUAUUAUUUAUAGAAUAUGGGGUGGCUUUUUUGGCUAAUCAUUGUUUUUUCCAUGUUCUUAUAAUUUUCCAAAGUCAUGGUUGAAACCAUUUCAAUGAAUUUCUUUCCCACUAGGAGAACUAAAUGAGUCGGGAGAUCCCCAGCAAGGGGAGCAAUCGAUGGAAGUAGAAGAGGAGGAAGAGCUGGGAGGCUAUGAUGAAAACGCUCGCUCUUACUUCGACAGCCAGGGAGAGGAGGUCAUAGAAGGUGACGCACUGUUUUUGUCUCGUCGGGGUCAUUCAAUGUUUACUUUAUACUGAUAUAGGUUUCCUUUUUUUAAAACUUUAUUUAUAGAUUUACUUGAGCUAUUGAAAGGAUAGCUACAUUAUUUAAAGACAGAUUUUAAUGACCAUCUUUACUUGUAGUCUUUUUUACAAUUUUUUAAUUCCUCAUUUUCGUUUUUAUAUUUUGGACAAUUCUUCAUGAAAUUUUUUGUAUGUUCUUGUAACUAAUUUAUUUAUUUGUUUAUAUGUUGUUAUCUUUAGAAAUGUCUUGUAUUGUUGUAGCAUCAAUACACUUCAUCUGUUUACUGCUUGUAGGUGACGUUUGUUAUCUUUUAUGAUGUCUUCUAAUGUUGUAGCAUCAGAUGACUUGAUCUGUUUACUCCUUGUAGGUGAAGCCUACGGUGCGGGUCAGUUUGAAGAGGAAGGGGACAGCUUUGACCCCAGUGAAUUCUUCAAGAACAGCGCCCUGGCGUCCGCCCAAGCUCAGGCUCAAGCCGAGGGUGGUGUCGACAUCAAUGAUGACCUGCAGAUAUCCGACGACAGUGAUGACGAGCGACGGGGAGAGGUGGGCGCGGCCAAGCAGCAGGAGCCAGAGGAAGAGGAGGAGCCGUAUCCCAUUAUACCCACUGAGAACCAAGCCACAGAAGGUUUUGACAUCAAUGAGUACUUGUGAUGAUAGUGUGGUGGCUUAGUAACAGCAAUUAGUACAGUCCCUCACCAGACAAAACAGAAACGUUGAAUUGGGCCUCAUUGAAGAUUCUCAGCUUUGAUGAUUGAGGCUUGUUGGGUGUUUCUGGUCCAUGACUUGAUCUGACCUGGUCCAUGGUUAGAUCUGACCUGGACCAUGGCUAGAUCUGACCUGGUCCAUGGCUUGAUCUGUCCUGGUCCAUGGCUAAAUCUGACCUGGUCCAUGGCUAGGUCUGACCUAUUUCAUGACUUGAUCUGACCUGGUCCAUGGCUAGAUCUGUCCUGGUCCAUGGCUUGAUCUGUCCUGGUCCAUGGCUUCAUCUGACCUGGUCCAUUGCUUCAUCUGACCUGGUCGAUUAUUGAAAAACUCCAGUAUGGAUGAUCAGUUCAGUUUGAGAGAAAUUGAGGAGCUUAUGGUACCACAAUGCAUUAGCUCAACCUUACACUAUGUGUACUGGUUGUUUGUACAUAAUUAUUUAAAUAUUGAUUAAUAUUUGCCAAGACAUGAAAUGGUUUGUGUGACAAUCAAAUGGAAUUGUUGCUCUACUGUUGACAUGGUGUCAUUGAUGCCCUAGUGUUGACAUGGUGUCAUUGUUGCUCUACUGUUGACAUGGUGUCAUUGUUGCUCUACUGUUGACAUGGGGUCAUUGUUGCUCUACUGUUGACAUGGUGUCAUUGUUGCUCUACUGUUGACAUGGUGUCAUUGAUGCCCUACUGUUGACAUGGUGUCAUUGUUGCUCUACUGUUGACAUGGUGUCCACUUUAGACUUGAUGAUUUGAUGUGCAAGAAAUAAUUCUAUAGCCUGGUCUUUACAAAUGAAUGUAAGCCAACUUUAUUAUUGGAUAUGAAAUGACAAGACCCUGUUGUUUAGCUUAAUUGCUUGUAAUUAUUAAACAAAAAUUAUUUUAACAGUGUCAGUGGAGGAGCAUUAUUUUAAAAUUGUCUAAUGUCAUGGUUAGAGACGGUGUUAAUGUUCAUGUCAUUUUCUUGUAAGAAGAAUGUGUAAAUAGUGAUGCAGUUAGUGUUGAUUCUUUUGAAGGCAGCUUAUUCAAUGUACAGUAAUGACCUUCUGUAGAUAGACUUCAUGUUUUAUAUUUAUACUUGAUAUAGUUAAAAGGCAAAUUAUGGAAGGGGGAGAUUUUUAUUUUGAAUGUUGACAGUGAUUUCAAUCUUCUUCACUCUUAUUAAGUUGUUUCUUUUCUUUUGAUGUUUAUUUUUAAAUGCUAGUUUUAAGUUUUCAUUCAGCUAAACAUUAUUAAGCUUAUGAAAAUUAAGAGCCUUUAUAUGAUAUCAAGAUUAUAUGUCUUACUCUGACCCCAUGUAGCCAUUGGUUUGAAUAGAACAGUCAUGGCUUGUACAGCUCUCACAGUCUUUUUGUGUGUGAUUGAAAUUUAAGUAUUCAUUUCAAUAAGUUUGUAUAAAAAUAGGAAUUCUGAAAGAAAAAGAUUCUUAUUGCCACAUUACAUCUCUGUAAUGGUAUCUGGCACUGUUGGUAAACAUUCAUAUAACUUGGUGUCGUUUUAUAGACUUAAUUUUUUUUGCAUUUAGCUAGUCAUUUCAAAUUUAUGUAAGAAUUUUAAAUUAUCAAAGGGAAAUUAAUCUUGCUUUUAUUUAUUUUUUUUACAUUUAUGUCCCAUCUGAGAAAGAGACCAAAGCUAUUUGAGGAAAAUUAUUUCAUAUUCAUAGGAAAUAAAAAUGUAUAAUUCUGUUUAUGUGCAAUUGUUGAAUGAAAUAUUUUAAGUGAAUCUUUGUUAAGAAAUCAUGGGAAAUCAUGACAAUGUUAUUUACCAGGUGCAUGACUGAUGAAAAAAUUGCUGAAAGUAUGAACAUUUUAAUGUGCUUUAUAACUGGGGAAUAUAUUACAAAUUUAUAAAUUUGUUUUAUAGGAAAUGUCAUUUAAAAGUCAAGUUUUUAUGACUGUGAAUAUUGCUU